AAAUGCCAACGAAGGGUCUGGAGGCGGCAGAUGUCCUUGUGGCCCUCGAGUCAAAGCUCGCUUAUCUUCCUGGUGGACGUGAUCGCGAGGGACGACCUUUGAUAGUGGUCAACGUCCCAUCUGAACUUCAACCGACAACGAAACCACACUUGGAAUCGAUCAUCUUAUACUUCUUGUCGAUUUUCAGCGAAGGGACGAAGAAAGGUGGUCUGGUAUUGAUCAUAGACGCACGCUAUCGAGCAUGGCGAGUUGCAAGAUCUUGCAUCAGGUUAUCGGUGAUGCUUCUAGGAAGUCGUGCAACUUCCGUGUUCGUUAUACGUCCAGAUGGGUUCUGGGACAAGCGUGUCGACAGUUGUACCAAGUCCUAUAAGGACAGCGAGCCGAUGUAUGUUACCGUCGAAAGACUUCACGCGUUUAUUGAAUUUUCUCAAUUACCAUAUGAAUUGUGCGGCAACAAGUUUUACGAUCACACGGAAUGGAUUCGAAAACGUUUGAAAGUCGAAGAAUACAUGAAGGAUGGCUUAGAAUUAUUAUCGAAAAUGUCGAAUUUGCAUGAACGAUUGAGUAGCCUUGAUGGGAUUCGCAUGAGGCAAUCGGAUGAUGAUUUAGAAUCUUAUUGGGAAAUCGGAAUGGAACUUACGUCUGUUGCUUCUCGUAUUCUUAACUCAGGUAGGAGUUUAGUCAACACUAUGAGUAGGGAUUCGUCAAGAGAUUCUUUGGACACGGUUAAACGGAUACAUGGACUUCUUGAUUCCAUUGAAUUAAAACAGGUAGACAUUGAAAAUUGUUGGACUCAAAUGGAAAGAAGUUUGGACACUGUGAAGGUAAUAGACGACCUCGAAAAAGGUGUUUCACAAGUAACAGAGUGGAUUUUGGGACCGGCUGAUGCCAUGUUGAACUGUUCCUAUCAAGUUGGCUUUGACGUGAUAUCUUCGGACGAGCUUAGACGGCAGCACGAGCAAUUAGAAUUAAAAUGUCGAGAGACGUAUGGUCGUUACGCUGAGUUGCUUCAUAAGAUUGACUGUUUGCCGACAGGUCAUUUACCGGAGGAUUUGAAGUCUCAAAAGGAUUUCAUGGAUUUUGUUUGUCGAAGCUUUGCAUCUAGAUUGGAAAGACGAAGGAACGUUCUCAUUACCUGCCAGAGAUUCUUUAGGCUUGUAUCUGAGUACUUCGAUAAGACGAGCGAAGUUUUUGACAAGUUGGUGAUGACAAAUACGACUCAUGAUUUUUCUCAAGCUAGCUUGAAACUACUCAUGCUGGAAAAUAAUCAAUUAGCCUUGGAAGUGUUAGAACAGGAACUUGUGAAAGAGGGCGAGAAACUUUCAGACAUCUUAUCGAUGCCUGUUAAAGAUGCCCUGGGAAGAGACAUUCAUGUUGAUUAUGGCGAGGACAUUGUCAAUGUACGCGAUAUUUUGGAUGCUACGAUCGCUAGGAAGAAUAUCUUUAAUGAUAGCGUAGAAUUGCAGAAGCUGACUUUGAAACAAAUCUCCUUAAUACAUACUUAUGAGAACGACGCCGAACAGGCUGUUAAAUGGUUGAACGAUUUGUUCAACGUUCUCUUUCACAAUCUUAUGGAGGUUGGAUGUAAUACUAGCGAAAUACAAUCGCAAAAAGAAAAACAUCAGUCCUUUCAGGAAACUGCGAAGGGAACUUAUGAGUACGGUUGUCAAUUGGUAAACGGAGCACGAGUGUUAAGAUUGUCUUGCAGAUUAUCAUUGGACAACAACGUUCACUUGUUUUCAAGAUUACGUCAAACAUGGAAACAGUUACGUUCAGCUGGUCAAGAGCAACUAACUAGGCUACGAGUAUGUGCCGUUUUUCAUAGAAGCGUUGAGGAUCAUUGUUCGAAAUUGCGGGAUUUGAUUGAAAUCGUUGGGUCUUUAAAACGAGCGAGAAAAAAUGAAGAUUUCGCUAGCGAGUGCCGUGCUAGAGCUGAGAUAAGGGAUAUCUUGGGUGAUCGAGAAAAACUAUUGUUGGACGUUGGCCGCAUGGUGAGACUAGGACGUCUUUUGAGGACCAGAUUAAAGGAACCCGUAUACCAUCAACGAAUGUCCGAAGCCGAGGAUGCUUCGGGCAAAGCCGCUAAUCUAACAGCGGUCGAAGCGAUCUCUGCGAAAUUGGCAGAAGUAACCCGGUUAGCCGAGAAGCUGGAUGCAAAAUUGUGCGAAGCUGGAGCGAGGACUCAGCCGGUACCGAUCCCUAGCUCGGCUUUAUCGAUCUCUUCUACCCUAACACCGACAACGACGACUUUAGCAUGCACUACGUCUCCUGUUGUUUUACCUAAAUCCAUAACGACAACGACAAUUUCUUCGAUUACUGCACCAAUUAGCGAAAUAACUCCUACAUUUGUUUAUUCGAACGAUUCUGCUUCAUCGUCGAUCGGUGCUACCGAUGUGUCCACUUUAACUUCUUCUUCUAAUUUUGGAUUAUUGCCUGGACCGAUCGUUUCGCAUGUUGAAGAUACUAAAACUUCGUCAGCAGUUUCAUCAAUUCCUUCUGGUAGUUUCCCAUCGAUGAUGGCUUCGAGCGAGGUUGUUUCAAAUAGCUCAUCGAUGACCGAUGCUGCCGAAGAAAAGCAAGAAAUUGAGGAUGUUGAAAAGUUACACGAAGAGAGCACGAACGAGGAUGUCAAUGUAGAUGGUUACGUGACAGCUACGGAAUGUUCGAUCACGCCUACGGCGAGAUCGCGAAGCGAAUCUUUCGUGACAUCUCCGGAAUGCGAAGAUAUUGUAGUUUCAUCAACAAUACCAACUGCUUCUUCUACUUUAGCUUGGUGGAAGCCGGAAGAGCCGACGAAAGAGCCGGAAAUAAUAAUUCCUGUGAAAGUUGAAAAGUCUGACGUAUUGAUGCAAAAUACCAAAGUCGAAGAAAAAAAUGAGUUGGUACCAUUAGGGAAAGUCGUUUCCAUUGAGAAGACCACGGAGGAGAGAUCUGGAAAGAUCGUAAAGGAAGUCACGGAAACGACUACUUUACGUGUCUCACACGACACUCACUUGGGAUUGGCGUCUUAUAAAGUUACCUCAAAUACGUUGCAAGAUCAUAUGCAAAACGUGGAUGUUAAAGAGAUGCACGAUUCUCAUCAUGUAAUAAUUGAAGAUCCGAAUAAAAAAUUGAAUGGUAUCGAUCGUGAAAUCGAUCCCAUUUCUAUGAAAGAUUUGUCUGAAUCAUCUAAAGACGAAUCUUCGAAGAGAACACCGAUUUAUACUAAGAUGAUCAAGAAGAUUACAACGGACGAAGAAAAAUCCCAUACGAUUAGUAAGGAAACGAAAAAUGUUUGUUCGAUAACGAAAACUUAUACGAGACAUCACGAAGACAGUGGUAUCGAGAUGUCUCCGACAAAACGCGAUAAAAAUGAGAUCGAGGGAGAGGAGUUUUUGGAAAACGCAAGGAAGAGUGGAGAAUGGCUACGAUUGAAAGUCUUGGAGGUACAACCAGAAUUAACGAAACUUGGUUCAUCGGUGAAAGAAGCCACGGAAUUAUCAAACGCUCACAAUGAAGUUCUUUUGCGAUUGCAGAGCAAACAAAGUCCGGUGGAAGAAUUAUUGCGUCAAGCCGAUCAAUUGAUUUCGACACAAAGACCAAGGGCGGAAGUUUAUGCCGCUAUGGCCGAAACGUUGGGCCAAGCAUGGCGUGAUGUGAAUGAUUUGUUGGAACGACGAAAACAGAUUCUUGAUUCCAACGUGCUCUUUCAAUGCCGUGCCGAAGAAUGCGGAGAAAGCAUGAAGGCUCUUGAAAUGGCAUGUAACGAUACUCUAUUACCGAUCGAGAUCGAAGCGGUGAAAAACUUCCUGUCGAAGAUACACGAUCUUCGAAAGACUAUGCUCGAAGCAUUGAUGGGCGCGUUGCAAGAAGGGAAAAUAUUGUUGGAUAAAUUGAAGGAGAUUGCGAACGAGGGUACUUUGGAUUCCAGACCCGAUAAAAUUAAGAUCGAGGCUGAUCAUGCCGUGUUGAAGGUCGAAAGAUGGUUGGAGGAUCUUCAUGACAAAAGACGAUUGAUCGAAGCUUCCUUUCGUAGUAGAAAAACCCAAUUGGAGCAGUGCCUUGCGCUUGCUUUGUUGGCAACCGAUCUUCGGGAUCUCGAAGAAAUUCUUAACGAUAGAAUUGCUGCAUUGUCAAGCACCUGUGAUCAACUCGGUGAUUCCUCGUCUAGCGCAGAAUUGCUUCUUUUCGAAUUGAAGAAAUUGCAGGCCGAGGCGAAAGAGUUUCAAGACCGAUCGAUCAAGAUUACGAAAUCGACCGAACGAUUGGUGUCAUCGGGACACUUUGCCGGCGAGCAGGCGACCGAGCAAGCAUACGCUAUACUCGGCGCAGCAGCCGAUUAUGUCAACGAUUUGGAUCAGUAUGAGACACUGUUGAACAGAGCUGUGGCUUUUUUCGAGGCCGCACGAUCGGCUAUCACGAAAUUGGAUCAAUUGGAGAUUCAACUGGUGACAACGGAACAUCCACCGUUUUCAACACGAUUAGCACGCUUUCAUGCUCAGACGGUUAGCACGAUCGAGGACGUUACCUCGAAACCUUUGAUGGAAGGAUACGCCUUGCUAGAUAUCACGGGAAGAGGAGCGCCCGGAGCUGAGGGCGUGAAACGUACGGUCGAGGAGCUAGAGAGUCGAAAGAUACGUUUGUUGGAACGAUGCACGGCUCACGAAGAAGAGAAUCUCGAGAUAUCCAGAAUGAUAAAUGUUUUCUUGGAGAAACACGAGGAAUUGCACAUUUGGUUGACCAACAUUGCCGAAGCAUUUCUUCAAGGUCAUCAGGACAUGGGUAGCGACUUGCCAAUGGCUAAGGAUUUCUAUCGGCUUCAUAGUCAGCUUUUGGACGAUUUAGAGAAACGAACGAACGAGGUGGAACAUUUGGAAUUUGAAGUACUACCGAUACGUGAACGAUUGGAUGAAGCGCAAAGGCGAGAAUUUCAAACGAAAAUCAUCGAGCUGCAAAAUUCUUGGACAAAAACGAAGAAUAUAGUUGCUCAUAGAAUAGAUCUUGGCUUUCUUUAUGUACAGUUCCAUGAGAUCGUCGAUGAACUUAGGAACAAAAUAGAAUCAUUGGAGAACGAUCUGAAGAGCAAUGCUGAUGUUCUGAACGAAACGAAAAUCGAGGAUUUGAAAUCUAAAUGGAAAGCUCUUCAGCCAGUCUAUCUGAGACUUUCUAAUAGUGGUAAAGUUUUUCUAGACGAAGCUGCCAAGAUCAAUGAUCCCUAUUUGGAUAUACCAAGAGCAUGCUUGUGUGUGGAGACGUUGUUGGAGAAAUUUGCGAACAGUCAAUUGACUAUUACCGAAUCUUGGGAGAAAUGGCAAACGACUAUUAAAAUAUUGAGGGAACGACGAAUCGAGCAUGAACGAAAAAUCGAAGAAAGUACUAGGACGUUAGAGUGGGUUUCCAAGUUCGGCGAACAGUUGUAUCCGGUUAUAACUUGUCAGUCGAUACGAGUUGAUUCAAUACUUCGUGAUUUGGAAGGAUCGAGGCGACGUAUACUACCCGAACUAAACAAAGCUGUCGACGAAUUAGAUGCAAGAAUCAAAAGUAUCGAUAAUUUGGUUGAAAAAGGUCAGAUGCAAAUCGAUCAAGAAAUGUCGGAAAGAUUAUCGCAGAUGUACGAGAAACUACAUUCUACGGCUAAAAAUUACAAAGAUCUGUUGAUGUCUCUGAUUUCAAUAUUUGAAAGCCUUCAUGAGGUGGAACACAAGACGGACGAGGCUAAAACAAAAGUCGAUUAUAUAACGUCAUUCUCUAAGUCGUACGACGUCGACGGAGCUGUGAACGAUCUUGAAAUGAUGAAACGAACGAUUACGGAAUCCUUGAAGCAUAUUCAAACAGAGAUUGAAGCAGUCAUCGUUAGGAUAAAACAAUUAGAACCACCGGAUGCUGCUUUACAGGAUAUCGAAAAACUGAGACAGGCUUUGGAUAAUGUUACCUCGCCAUUUCAAACAUUCACGAUUGAAACAUUAACGCGUAUCGAGGAACAUCGUCGGAUCUGUAUCUUUGGCGAGGAUCUCUCGCGUAUCGAUUCGGAUUUACGUGAUUUGAACGAUCAAUUGCAAACUGUCGAUGGGAGAUCCAAUGAGAAUUUACAAGCUGCCAAAGCAGCGGCCGCUGCUUUUAGUCAGUUCGAAGCAACUAUGACGAUUUUGGAACAAAGAAUAGACGUCUUUGUAAGAACGACAGAGGAUACCAUAGUGAGUUCAGCACCACAUGUGAGAAAUGAUUUGACAUCUUUGAAGGAAAAAUGGAGGGAUCUGAAGUCGCGUAUGGAAAAUUCGAAAAAGCGAAUGGUCUUGUGUAUUCAGUAUUUCGAGCUUUUAGAAGAGGCCAAAGAAUGGUAUAGAGAGGGUGGUAAACUCUUGAUAGUUAUUGCUAGGAAAGCCACUAGCGUGAAAGUUCCAAAAGAUGCUACUGAUUUGUUACAAGAGAUUGAUAAUUACUUGAAACCAGGUGAACAGAAUCAAGAGAAUAAAAUCGAAAGAUUGAAGGAAUUGUCUACGAUUAUUUUUGGUACCGAUAGGUUGCCACAGUUCAAUGAAGUUAUAGUUGAGAAUCGGCAGAUGUUAGAUUCGUUCGCCGUUAUUUCAUCGGAAUUGCGUACCUUAGUGCAGAAUUUACAAAAUGCCGAAGACCUGAGGGAAAAGCUAAGAAUGGAAAAGUUGGAAGCUGAUGAGAAAUUGUAUGCUGUUAAGAGAGAAAUGGCAGCCGCCGAGGCAGCCAGAAAUGAGGCUGAAAAUGCAAGGAAGAUGGCAGAGAAAAUAGCUGCAGAAACAUUGGAACGUGCCGAGAUGGAAGCAAAGAGAUUGAAAGAGGAAAAGCUUGCUAAACUCGAAGCACAGAAGAUCAUAACACAGCCGCCGUCAUUUUCUGUAUCCGCUCAGACGGACAAAUUUGAGAGUACCGAUGAAAGAUAUAUCCACGAGAGUCAUACCUCGGCCGUAACGAAAAAGGAGAUUCAUAUUUUACAAAAGAUGGAAGUAGAGAAGAUCGUACCCAUUGUGCAAAAAGAGCCAAGCCCACCAAAGCAAAUAACCGAAGAAUCCCAUAAAUCAAUUGUACAUGAAGUAGAGCAAAAGGUAUCUCCUGAAUUUACUAUUCCUUUGAAUGAUGCAACUGUUCAAGAAGGCGAAAGGUUUACUUUCGAGUGCCGUUUGAUCGGAUAUCCCAUACCAGAAGUGGUUUGGUACAAGGAUGGAAUAUCCAUUUUAAAUAAUCCUGAUUAUCUCACCACCUUCCAUCAAGGAAUUUGUACCCUUACAAUCGAAGAAACAUUUGCCGAGGAUUCAGCAAGGUUUACUUGCAAGGCGUUCAAUAAUCUUGGAUCUGCUGAAACAUCAGCAAUGCUAACGGUCAAGGAAACAGCACCAGAGGAGCAACCCAGUCCUCCUGUCUUCGUUAAAGAAUUACAACCAUCGGUGGCAAUUGAAAAUUCUUCUCAUCGAUUGGAAUGCACGGUAGAAGGAAAUCCAUUACCAACAGUUCAGUGGUACAAAAACGAAACUAAUAUUGAUAAUUCGCCUGAUUACAUUAUAACUUAUAACAACGGUGAAGCUUGUUUGAGUUUCGAAGAAGUUUUCUUAGACGAUAGAGCUAUCUAUACCUGCAAAGCCACCAAUCGGCUUGGACAAGUGUCUACUUCUGCUCUCCUUGACGUAGAAUCAAUGGAAACGUCUACGGAGAAACCUUAUUUCUUGACACCAUUAUCGAACGCGAUGGCGAGAGCAGGACAGAGAGUAAAACUAGAAUGUGAAGCUACCGGUAAUCCAAUACCACGAUUAACUUGGACACACGAUGGAAAGCCGAUAGAUGAGACCAUUCACACGAAAAUUCAAACAGAGAAUGGUCGAACAAGUUUGAUAAUUUCGGAAGCUUUUCCGAAAGAUGCUGGAUGUUAUACGGUGAUAGCUAAAAAUGAUGUAGGCGAAGCUAGUGUAUCGUGCAAUGUAUCAGUGAAAGGACGUCUUCCUCGUGAAACCAGUGAUUCUGAAUUCGCUUGCAGUGACAUGGAGCCCACAGAACCGAAAAUUCAACUUCGCCUGAAGGAUCAUGAAGUUCUCGAAGGGCACACGGUCAGAUUGGAUUGUGUUAUAGUUGGGCAACCUGAACCCGAGGUAAUCUGGUAUCACAAUGAUAAGCCCGUGAAGGAAUCGGCAGAUUUUCAAUUACUAUUUCAAGGCGACAAGUGUUCCUUGAUUAUCCAUGAAGCUUUCGUAGAUGAUGCCGGAGUAUACAGGGUGGUCGCCAUUAAUUCUGGCGGUGAAACGUCUAGUCAAUGUACAUUAAAAGUUAUACCAAUUUCUCGUCAUUCAGAAGACGUGGACUCAAAGGACAAACAAGCUUCCGAAUCAGCAAUACCUAAUUCACCACCAAAAUUUGUGAAAUUGCCGACUGAUUCUUUGGUAGCCGAAGGUGAGGAUGUGAGUUUUGAAUGUGCAGUGACUGGUGAACCGAAGCCAGAAGUCAAAUGGUACUUUGACAAUAAUGAAAUCAUAGCAGACAAGAGAAUCUUGAUAAAACAAAAGGAGGAUGGUACGAUUAUGAUGAAGAUUUUAUCAGCCAUUCCAGAAGAUAAAGGUAAUUAUGUGGUCAAGGCUACGAAUAUUUGUGGCGAGGCUAAGGCUUUUGCCAGAUUGGUCGUACGAUCGUUGAGUGACUUCAGGAAAAAAGAAGAAUUUGUCAAAAUGGAAGAGAAAUUGAUACCACCGAGUUUCAAAGAACGAUUUACGAGUAGGCUCGUACCAGAAGGAGUAUCUACAAAAUUUGAAUGCAUUGCUAUUGGAAAACCUGCUCCUAAGAUUCAGUGGUUGUUCAACGAUCGACCGGUCCAUGGAAAAGAUUUCUUGGUCUCCGUUAGUGGCGAUCGGCAGGUAUUGACGAUACCAGAAACCGGAAGUUCGCAUGCUGGGACAAUAUCUUGCGUGGCGGAGAACACCGCCGGUAAAGCGACCUGUAACGCCAAAUUAGAAAUCGAUAUCGAGCCGAAAAAGGAGGAAGGUAUAGAAAGAGUACUUGAGUUAGUCGAAGUAAAACCUGUCGAAGACAUGCACGCGGCAAGUAGUAGCGACAAACAUUUCUCGGCUGAAAAGAUGUCGGACGAAGGAGGAUUAGGCAGUCAAAUUCUAACUAAAAUGUCACAAACCAUUACGGAAUCUACGACAACUCAUACGUCCACGAAGAAGGAGUUUAUAUCAUCGAUGAUGUCCUCGUCAACGGCAACACCCGGACAGGAACCUACUAGCGUUACCGUGAAAAGUACUGUUCACAGUACCGAACAGUCAACUUCUGAAAAUGGUGCUCCUCCUGUUGUUCAGUCACAGAAAGUCGAGGAGUUCGAAAAGAUUGUUCAAGAUCAGCCAGGUGAAAUUCGACAGGAGAAGACUGUAGUGGUAUCUCAAGGCGAGGAAGGUAUAAAACGCGAUGGGAAGACUAUGCAGGUUCAAAAGCCAAUUAGGAAAUCAACAGCACCGAGAUUCGUUUCGCCGUUAACAGGAAUGAUCGUGGAUCAAGGCGCUGAUGUUGUCGUCGAAGGAAUUGUUGACGGCUAUCCGCAACCGAAUAUUUCUUGGUCAAAGAACGGACAGGAAUUACAACCUAAGGACGGUGCCAAGACGAGUUAUGCUCAUAAUCACGUACGCUUAGAGUUGAAAAAUGUCAACGUGAAAAAUGCCGGACGUUACACUUGCACUGCCAGCAAUGAAUGUGGAUCAGCGAGCAGUACUGCUGAUCUGGUGGUCAAAAAAACAAUCUUCCCACCUGUAUUCGGUAGACGAUUACAAGCACAAGUUGUGAAACGUGGCGAUCGUGUUCUUAUGGAAGUUGAAAUCACUGGUACUCCAGAGCCUACAGUUAUUUGGUACAAAGAUGACGUUCCUGUCAAAGAACAACCACCCGCAUUGAGAAUAAGACAACAAGGCAAUUGUUACAUAUUGCAGAUCGAUAAAGCUGAGAAAGUACAUGCCGGAAAAUAUAUGGUACGUGCGACUAAUGCUGGCGGUGAGGCUCAAAGUAUAGCAGAUUUUGCUGUGUUCGAACCUACACCCGACACUAUGACGGAAGUUCACAAGACGGUUAUUUAUGAGAAUGUUCAAGAUAAAAAGAUUAUCCAACCUGACGUAAAAAAGUUCGAUGUACCGUCAGCAACUUUGAAGACAGAGCAAGUAGCAGCGACAACGAUCCAGCCAAGUUCUAUUUUAAAAACUAUUCCAACUCCAAGUCCAGCUCCAGCAUCUUCUACCUUAUCCACAAUCCGUACGACCCAAGUAAUCGAAGAGCCAGAGAUGAAAAGUUGUCGAUCGGAAACGAUCUCGUCAACGUUUGAAACUCAUCAAACCGAGACUAAAUCGGAGCAAAAGUUCCACAUGAAGUUAGAACAUAAAACUCCGCCGAUAAUCGAACCGAGAGCUCGUCCCGAGCUAACGACCACGGUAAAGCAAGUUGCCCAAGAAGAAAUCAGUUCUAAAUUUAUCGAGCCAAAGUCUGUGACCGUGGAAGAAGCGACGAAAAUCGAAAACGAGAAUAUAGAAACUUCGACUAUCGCGAGAAAAGAUGCAUUAAGUUUCUUUGAAUCUAUUACGAAGGAAAGUGAGAGUAUACCGAAGAGACCAAAAGAAAUGAUUAAGUUGAUCGAUGAUGCCGAUGGAAAGGGUCAUGAAGUAAAGGUUGGAAAGCUAACGCAAAAUUACGAACGAUCCACCGCUUUUCAGGAGAUAAAAAAGCCUGAGCCGAAACCGACGGACUUUCAAACGACUAAGAAAUCUGUCCAAGAUAUUUUUACCAAGUUGGAAUACGGAUCCUCGUCGCGCGGAGUAGAUAAUAAAUUAUUUGAUUUUCCAUACGAGGAAUACAAAUUACCACCGUUAGAGACGAAAAAGACGCUUUUGGAAGAUAUCACUGUAUCGGGACCGCCGAUAAUCGAAACGAUUUCAAGAUUAAAAACUCAGUCUGAAAGUACUGAAACAAUGACGGAAGGAUUCACUUUGGUACCGGAACCACCACCGGAAAUAGGAUACAUGCCUAAGCCCGAAGAGAUUAAAAAAAAGAGCCCUGAGGUACCACUCAAGGCGAAACAACUUCAAGAAUCUUUUGAAAAAACUUUAUCUCCUAUAGAUGCACCGGUUGGUGGUGUGAAAAUAUUUCCUAUAACUCCUCAAAAAGUUGUAGAGAGUCCUAAGAUUACGAGGAAGCCCUCUACAAUGCCACCCCCACCAUUUGAGCUUGAAAAAAAGGAAGUCAUUGAAGAGAUAUGCAUUAAGAAAGAUGUUCAUGAGAAAAAGGACAGUAAGAUCUUGAAGGAAGAAAAAAUCGAAGCACCAAAGUUCGUUCCAGCACCGAGUGUUAGACCAUCACCUCCAAGACCCUGGUCGUCGUCAUCGGACAUAGAAACGAGAUCACAUGUAUCUACGGAUAUUUCCGAGUACAGAUGUCACUCUGCCGCGUCCAGUCAUCAAGAGAUAUUACGAUCAACCUCACCGCGACCUUCUGCCGACGGUUUAGCGAUGGAAAAGUCAUGGGCAAAAAAAUGUACAGACGCCACACGAAAAUCUUGGCCACCACCGAGUGAUUCUACUACGACUAUGCCUAAACAAUUCCCUGGCGAAGAUUAUAAGAGCUCGACGAAAGAAUUUAAACAGGAAACUGAACACACGUCAGACGGAGGUUUUAAAAAGACAAGUAUGGAGUCUUCGAGUACCUUAGAAAAACGUUCUUGGAGUUCGAAACAGGAAUCGAUGGAGAAAGUUAUAGAAAGAGCACCUUCGCCGCCCAAGGUAAAACCGAUUAUUUAUAAGGCUGAAACUAUUAAAGUCGAUCAUGCCAUUAAUACGAUUCAAGAAAAAUCGAUGCAUGAAAAGUAUACAUCGGAAUAUGACAUGCAGAAACAGGCAAGUUCCGAAAAAACAAUCGAAGAGUUUACAUUAAAAAGUCCUUGGCCAGUGGAAACGGAUUUAAAAGCACCCGGAUUAGUAAAAAGUGUCGAACCACCGAAGAAAAUAUUUGUCCUACCGCAGGAAUCUUUUUCCAUGACAACUGAAUCUCAUUCGUAUGAUUCGGUUAUUUUGGAACCUGGUCCACCGCCGGAAAUUGGCUAUGUGCCACCACCGACGAUAAAAGAGAAAAAAAUAGAGAAGAUCGAGAAAACGCUAGAAAUGUCAUUAGAGACAAAGCCAGCUAAAAUUCCACCGGGUGCUAUUAGAACUAUACCACCACCAGUUUCGCAAAAAAAGGAAGAACCACUACCACCACCACCACCGGUUUUACCACCCAAAGAUGUUCGAAUCACUCCGCCGCCUAUUCCUGCGAAACAAUCUCUUUUGGAUAAUUUAGAACCUUUUCCGUUCAAACCAUCUCCAUCGCCGACGGUACCUAAACCAGCCACGAAACUUUUGCCACCUGUAACGCCAACUAAAUUUGUUAAAGGAACUUUCGGAAGUGAUUACGAAUCGGACAUAGAAAUUCAUGUGAAGCCAAAAUGGCGACCUUACGAAAGCGACAGCGAGGAGCCACGUUAUCGCAGAGUACAAGCUCCGGUUCCCAAACAAACCACUAGACCAAGAUCAACGGAACCGGAACCAUUACCUCCUUCCAAAUUUGAUAUUCCUCCGGUAGAAUUCUCAGGUCCGUCCAAAUCCGUAUUAACCGAAGAAACUCAACAGAAAAUGUAUAAGAAAACAAUUUUCAAACGACACGAAAAGGAAACGAAACAGCAGCCAAAUUAUCAGCCUAGUCAAACUCAAGCCUCUCCUCCUGUCGUUCUAAAGCCAGGUUCUCCACCAAUUUACGUUCAACCAACCAGCAAAUCCCAAGCACCUAAGUCUCCACCAACGAAGAAACCAGAGUCUCCAAAGUUUAAGGUGAAAACCUUUCAACAAGAGAGUGGUUAUAUGGCGGAUACGGAUGAGCCAUUACAACAAAAAGCUUCAAAUAUUACCAUUCAAAAAAGUUUUGGAAAGCACGAUGGUUCUACCAGUUCGGCAAGCUCGCACAUAGAAUCUCGCACGUCCUAUUCCGAGAGCAAAUCUGAAUACUUUGAAAGUAAAAGUUAUCACAGUCACGAACAACAUAAGAAAGAAGUAUCAUCUUUCGCUCCAGCUACUACAACUCCACCUCCUAGUUCCUUAUCAAGCCAAAAACCUGCCGCCGAACAGCGAACGUCAUUUAUCGAGAAGACAUAUUCUUCAUCGAGUGGAACCGAGCCCACUAAGUUAAAAACUGCGAAGGAGACAGUUUAUACUACGGAUCUCUCUUCGCAUCGGAAAAUGGAUACAACGCGGAAAGUUCAGGCACCCUCUCCAAGCCCUUCCAAAUUUGUCAAGGGCGAAUUUCGUGAGAGUGAUUACGAAAGCGAUUACGAUGGUAGAAUCUCGUCUGUCUGGAAACCCCGCGGUACCGAGACCGAUGAUCGUUCUUUCAAAUCAGUGAAAUCUACCUUAACUGGUUCAGGAAAACCGAUCGUGGCAACACCAUCAGAAAAAAGAAUCGAAGAAACGUCAUCGGGCUUUGAUCAAAGAACAUCAAUGAAAGAGGUCGAGCAAGAAAGUCGGAUAGAAGAUAGAUCGAUCGUUACACCGACCAAGAUAAAGCAAGUUUUAUUACCUGGUUCUCCACCUGAAAUCGCUUACGCUCCACCUCAUGGUCAAGAAACGUAUUACGAAGCACGGGCGGGAAUGCCUUAUCAUAACGCAAUUGGUACGGAAACUAGGAAAACAGUUCGAAUGGAUGAAUCAACGGAAAAUAGCAGAAGAAUCGUCACAGUUGAACAGACUAGUCGGAUCAUCAAGUUCGGUGAUGGACAGAAAACGACAAGCGAUCUUGGUCCUGUUGAUUCAACGAAAACGCAAAAACAACAGAAAUCCUAUUAUCGCGUACCGACUCCUAAGAAGUUUGUACAGGGCCAAUUCAGAGAGUCCGAUUACGAGAGUGACGUUGAUUCCAGCAGAAUUAGACCAAAGUGGGCACCUGCAGAUAGCGACUCGGAGGAUCCAAGAUACAGAAGAGUUCAACCUCCUUCUGGGAAAAGUAUUAGGUCGAGCAGCCUUCCGGUUAGACAAGAACACGUGGUUUCACCAUUGGAAUUUGAUACCGGUCCACCACCGAUGAAAAGACAAACGUCGAUGACUCAGCUACGUGAUGAGAUAAAAACAAGCAAGUUCGAGGCACAGAAGUUUCAACAGCCGCCAUUUUCGAGGCAAGACGAACAAGUUUUGCAGCCUGGCUCACCUCCAGAAUUCGGUUUCGUAUCCAGGAACGACGUCAAAAAAGCUGCCAAUCACGUGGCGUCACGUCACAUGAGCGAUAUGACGAGUACCUUCAAAUCCAAGACCGAAAAAUUCGUAAGUGACAUCCAGUCGGAUCUGAAGCAAGGUAAACCAAUCCUAAAACAUCCUGCUGAGAGUCGCGUUAGCGACAGUGAUGAGCCGCGGACGUAUAGAGAAGAAUCUCGAGUUGCUGAACACGGGAUGAAGCAAAUCGAUCCGGAUACUGGACUAAUAUAUUUCAAGUAUGACUUCGGCUAUGAAUUUGGAAUCGUUUUACCUGGCGAGGGUAAGAAGACCAUCACUAGUACCAAUAAAACGAUUCAGGGCCAAAGACGAGCUAGCGACAUCGAGGUGCCUAUCGUUCAUGAAUUUACCACCAAGAAGGAAAACGGUUAUGCGAAAAAGGGGACGACUACGUCGUCGUCCUCGACUCGUUCGACCAAAUCUGCUACGACUAAGUUUGGUCCUUCGAAAACAGUAAAAUGGGAACCAACGUCCGAGAGCGAAUUUUCUGAAGCCGAGGAUACGAAGAACGCUAGAAGAAGAUAUCCUGGCGUUGGUGGAGACACUAUGGCACCACCACCGAGUCUCGUUAUACCUUGUUCACCGUCACCGUCCAGAUGGGAUUACACCACGCCUAGUCCGCUUUCCCUCAGUCCAAGCUUGCCGAGUCUCUCUCCCCGAUACAGUAGCGCCACUGGACCACCUAGCAACGUGGAUUCUGCAGGUUCGCCAUGGCCAACGAGUAACGGAGUCGCAUCUACUAAAGAAGUGAUUCAGCCUUAUCUUGAAAUAUUACCAAAGAAGGCUCCUCUCUUUAUCACGCCUCUGAGAGAUAUCGCUGUUGUGAGUGGACAAACCGCGAGAUUCGAGUGCAUUGUGCAGGCAGAACCACAACCAAAUAUCUUGUGGUCGAAGGAUGGUAGAAUUAUUGAAAAUUCUUCCAAUUUUGAAAUACAUUACAGAAAUGGUGUUUGUCGUCUAACUAUCGCUCAUGCUUUUCCUGACGAUGCCGGGACUUACGCUUGUACUGCCACAAAUGGUUUAGGAUCCACUGUAACUUCCGCUACCUUGCAGGUUCCAGGUGUAUCCUUGCAAUAUGACACGAGCAAUCGAGAACGAUCCGUCGAUGAAGAAUUAUUGGAAUGUUCACCGAGGUACGUAGCAUUGAAGGAUCUCUUUCUACCUCAAGAAGAAAUCAAGCUCAGCCUAACUAAUCAUCGACACGCAUCGAUUUACGAAUUUGCACUGGCACCUAGUUACAGCUGCGAGGACGGCAGUUAUCUUGAAAAUCGUGCCGGUGAAUACGAGUACGACGAGAGGACAGGAGAACCGUACGCUAAGCCAAAACGUCUUGACUUUUCUGAUAUUGAGAGAAACGGGACGUAUUGCGACCUCAAUCAGGACGACGAGAAUGAGGAUGAUUUGCAUACGCAGUUAUUUCGCAGGAUCGAGUCAAACGUCCAAGGGGAAAUAGUGAUGCAAACGACGCCAACGAUACCAACAUUCACCGGCAGACCAGGUGAUCCGUCGCCUCCGGUUUUCGAGCAGAUCUUUAAAAAUGCAAGAUUCGCCCAAGGUGGAAAUGCCAUUUUCGAAGGAUGCGUACGUGGAAAUCCAAAACCGAACGUUUCUUGGACACACAAGGGUGCUCCUUUAUUGGAAUCACGAAAAAUUCGGAUGUCUUACGACGAUAAGACCGGUAUGGUUACGUUACAAAUCAAUCAGAUAGGUCCAGGAGAUGAGGGUGAAUAUACAUGUAGUGCCAAAAAUCAAUAUGGAGAAGCGAUCUGCUCGGUGUAUAUUCAACCGGAAGGAUUCGGACCUCCGCCUCAACAACAAUUAGGUAGUUAUAAAAAGGAAUUUGCUCAAACCUUCCAAACGACCGAACAAAAAACUGGUAGCCAGACUUAUCAGCAACGUAGUUAUCAGCAAAUGUACGACAAGCGAAGUUAUGUCAAUGGAACGUCUAGCAUUGAGGACUUCAAGGUGGAUACUUUCGAAUAUAGAUUGUUGCGCGAGACGGAAUUCCGAGAAUCGAUUACGCGUCGUUUUGUAGGCGAAUCAGACUCGCAGAUUUCUACGGUAAUUGAUCGCAGUCUGGGUCCGGUCGCACCAGCGCAAAUCGUUCAAAAACCGAGAAAUUCGAAGCUCAUUGAAGGAUCUGAUGCCGUUUUUACUGCUAAAAUAACCGGAAAUCCAAAACCAAGGUUGACUUGGUUCAAAAAUGGCCAGAGAAUCCGCGACUCACAACGCGUGGAAAUGAGUUAUUCGAAUCAGCAAGCGACUUUGAAAAUCAGGGUCGCGCUACCGGAAGAUAGUGGCCACUAUACUUUAUUAUCUGAAAAUCAACAAGGUUGCACAGUAAGCUCGGCAUAUCUAGCUAUUGAAUCUAGUGACCAAGUCGAUCAAGCGGUUCAUCAGAUGCAACAAAGAGACAUUGCGAAAAGCCAACAAAUAGAUUCUUCGUCAUCAGAAUCCGAAACUGGUAAAGUACUUCCGCCUAAUUUCGUUCGUACUUGCGCUGACCGAGAAGCUACCGAAGGAAAGAUGACAAGGUUUGAUUGUCGUGUAACGGGUCGACCAUAUCCAGAAGUAACAUGGUACAUCAAUGGACAACAAGUAGCCAACGAUUUGACUCAUAAAAUUCUUGUUAACGAAUCGGGCAAUAAUUCGCUGAUGAUCACCAACGUGAGUCGGUCUGACGCCGGUGUCGUUACUUGCAUUGCUAGAAACAAAGCUGGUGAAACGUCUUUUCAAUGUAAUCUCAACGUCAUCGAGAAGGAACAAGUUGUUGCACCAAAAUUCGUCGAACGUUUUACAACUACUAAUGUUAAAGAGGGUGAACCUGUAGUAUUUACGGCACGUGCGGUUGGUACUCCUGUUCCACGAAUCACCUGGCAGAAGGAUGGUGUACCAAUUGCACCGGGUCCAGACGUGCGCAUAUCGAUGGACGGCAGUGGAGCAUCGACUUUGGAUAUACCCUGUGCUAAAUUCUCUGAUGCCGCAUGGUAUCAAUGUACCGCACAAAAUGUGGCUGGCUCCACUGCAACCCGAGCACGGCUUUUCGUUGAAACACCGAAGGGAGCCGCACCAGAACCAAGACGCUUGAAUUUACCCCGACCGACAAAAAUCAUCGAACCAGAACCAACGCCUGGCCCCGAAGUGAUCUACCUAAGACACGUAGAACGAGCCAAACCAUAUUUGCCUCCUCCUGAAGAAGAUAAAAUUUAUCCACCACCACGUUUUAUUAUACCAUUAAGAGAUGUGCAUCAAAUUGAAGGUGGACGUAUUCACUUCGAGGCCAGAAUCGAACCGGUGGGCGACCCCACCAUGAGGGUUGAGUGGUAUGUUAACGGAAGAGCUCUCGACGCAAGCUCACGCGCUACAUCCAUCUUUCGAUUCGGCUUUAUUUCUCUCGAUCUUAUCAGUAUAGUUCUUCAAGAUAGCGGUGAAUAUCUAUGUCGCGUCGUUAGCUCUACCGGAGUUGCUGAAUCUCGUGCCACUCUUAGCGUGACACCACGCGCUACGAUCGAGCAAGCCAGCCAACACCCCGACAGUCUUCAAUAUAUCCAACAGCUCGAAGAUUAUAGCAAAUAUCAAAGGCAGGAGAGCGUGGAGGAGAUAUCAUCUUCACAACGACCGGUCUUCAUCCGACCACUCCAGGAUCUUGGUGAGCUACAGGAAGGUCGUAACGCUCAUUUUGAGGCGCAGCUGACACCUGUUAGCGAUCCUACCAUGAAAGUGGAGUGGUAUAAGGAUGGUAGACCAAUCACAGCUAGUUCAAGAAUCACAACCAUCUUCAACUUCGGAUACGUCUCGCUUAACAUAUUGCACCUACGGGCUGAAGAUGCAGGUUCUUAUACAGUUAAAGCUGUGAAUCGUUUGGGAGAGGCUAUCAGCUCCGCGACUCUCCGUGUCUUUGCAAGAACGAGUGUUACAACAGAUUUAGGUAUUCCUGAGCAACAGAGAUAUAUUGAAGCUGCCGAGGAGUUGGAAGCUUACCAACAGGCUAUUCACCAAAAAUAUGUGCAAGAACAGCCUGAACCGACUAGCCCACCGGAAUUUAAAUCGCCUAUUAAGGAUCAAAAUGGAAUACGAGAAGGCGGGUUUGCUCAUUUCGAAGCCCGUUUAGAGCCAGUUGGUGACGCUGAUUUACGCGUUGAAUGGCUCAAAGAUGGACGCCCUGUAGAAGCCAGUUCACGAAUUACAACAUUCUUUAAUUUCGGCUACGUUGCACUUACCAUUAAAUACGUCACGAUUCACGACGUUGGCGUUUAUACAUGCCGUGCUUAUAACAGAGUUGGCGAGGCCCAUACCACCGCACAAUUAAGUGUUAUUAGCAAGAACGAUGUCAUCUAUGACAGUCAACAUCCUACCGGCUUACAGAGAAUUCAAACGCUUGAGGAUUCGAGCAAAUAUAUGCGUCAAGUGCAAGAGGAAGUACAGGUGAAGCAAGCACCACGUUUCUUAGGUACUUUGAAAGGAACCAAUAAGAUCGUCGAAGGUCAGCGUGCGCACUUUGAAGCCCGAGUUGAACCUCAAAGUGAUCUGACUAUGAAAAUCGAAUGGUAUCAUAAUGGCAAAUCGAUUACUGCUGCUAAUAGAAUUCAAACCUAUCACGAUUUUGGAUACGUAGCGAUCGAUAUUCUUCAAGUUCGACCUGAAGAUGCUGGCACAUAUACCGUGGUUGCAAGAAAUGCUCUUGGCGAAGCUCAACUUUCAGCAACUAUGAUCGUCGAGACACGCUCAAGCGUAGAUACCAGCAGUAUGCAUCGCGGUACUUUUGAAAAAACUCAACGUCUCGAAGAAUCUAAAUUUGUCGAACCACAAUAUCACAUCGAAGAAAUAUCUAAAUCAAAACCUAUUUUCGUACAACCAUUGAGCGAUCCAAAGCCAGUUAGCGAAGGAAAAAAUAUUCAUUUGGAGUGCCGCCUAGAACCAAUGGGAGAUCCAACUAUGAGAGUCGAAUGGUUCCAAAAUGGACGACCUGUAACAGUUGGUUCAAGAUUCAGAACGUAUUACGACUUUGGAUUCGUCGCCCUGGAUAUUGUACAUUCAACGAUUUAUGAUUCAGGAGAAUAUACUGUUAGGGCUACCAAUCAUCUUGGUACUGCACAUACUUCUGCUUGUGUCAGAGUCAUCGGUAGAUCCGAUGUUGUAACAGAAACGCAAAACGAACAGUCACUUGAGCAAAUUCAAAUGCUGGAGGAUUCUUCAAAAUAUCGUAAGACUCAGCAAGAAGAAGUUACAGUAAUGCAAGCACCUCAAUUUACUCGAGCACUUCAUAACAUCGAAACUGUAGAAUUAACGAAUGUCCAUCUCGAGUGUCGCCUUCAACCGGUCGGUGAUGCAACCAUGAGAGUAGAAUGGUUUGUUAAUGGAAGACCAGUCAAAACUGGACACCGAUUUAGACCAUCUUAUGAAUUCGAUUAUGUGGCUUUGGAUAUACUUGGUGUUUAUCCCGAAGACUCUGGUGUUUAUACUUGCCAAGCAACUAAUCAAUUAGGCGAAGCUGUCACUUCGUGUUCGGUACGAGUACAUGCGAAGAAGGAUCUCUUAUUAGAGUCUCAACAUCCAGAAGGUUUAGAAAGAAUACAGUACUUGGAAGAUGCUUCAAGAUACAAAAGACACGAGUUGGUUGACGAAGUUGUAACCGUGAAGCCCAAAUUCAUUACUAGUCCAAAGAAUCAAGAAAAUCUUAGGGAAGGACAACACGCUCAUUUCGAAUGUAAGCUUGAACCUGUAACGGACUCUAACUUGAAAGUUGAAUGGUAUAAGAACGGUCGUCCAGUUACAAUAGGACACCGAUUCCGUCCAAUUCACGAUUUUGGUUACGUUGCAUUGGAUGUAAUCGAUUUAAUUGCCGAAGAUUCUGGAACGUAUACUUGCCGAGCCGUCAAUCUUGUUGGUAGCGACGAAGUUUCUUGCACAUUAUCUUGCCGCUCCACGGCACAAAUUCUAACAGAUACACGAAACGAAAGCGGCCUCGAGCAGAUUCAUUAUCUUGAAGAUCGUUCCAAAUAUCAUCGGCAGGAAGUGAUCGAGGAAACAACAACGCAGGCACCAAUCUUUACCACUUCCUUAAACAAUGUGGAAAUCAAAGAGGGACAAAGAGCACAUUUCGAGUGCAGACUCAUUCCUGUGUCGGAUACAACGAUGAAAGUUGAAUGGUUCCACAAUAAUACGCCUGUCAAGGCUGGUUCAAGAUUCGUAGAAACCAACAGUUUUGGUUUCGUUGCACUCGAUAUCAUGUAUGCAUAUCCAGAUGAUUCUGGUACAUACACUUGCCGUGCCAAGAACAUCAUCGGAGAGGCUAUUACUUCAGCAACUGCUGUAGUACAUUCGAAAAAAUCAAUUUACAUGGAGUCACAUAACGAAGAAGCUUUAGAAAGACUUCGUUACCUCGAAGAUACCUCUCGUUAUCAACGUAAAACUGUACAAGAAGAAACGGUUACGCAAGCACCAGUUUUCACAAUGCCGAUCAAAGAUUUGCGUGUGGCUGAGAAUCAAGCGGCUCAUUUUGAAGCACGUGUUAUUCCAGUUGGUGAUUCCAAGCUCAAAGUAGAAUGGCUUCGUAAUGGUGUACCUAUUGCUGCUUCAAAUCGCGUAACAACAAUGCAUGAUUUUGGAUAUGUCGCUUUGAACAUGAAGUAUGUCAAUCCUGAAGAUUCAGGUACUUACACUUGUCGUGCGACAAACGAUCUAGGAGAAGCCGUAACUUCAGCGACACUUUUCGUUCAAUCAAAAGCAGCCCUGCAAUUCGAGUCGCAACACGAAAGUGCCUUAUCCAAACUCCAAGCCCUGGAAGAUACCAGCAAAUAUCAACGUCGCGAGGAAGAAGAGAUAGUGGUGAAAGAGAAGCCUUCAUUUACGGUUCAAUUGAAUGGGCCUUCGAAGUUAGUCGAAGGACAAAGUGCACAUUAUGAAUGCCGCAUAGAACCCUAUCCUGAUCCGAACAUGAAGGUGGAGUGGUUCCACAAUGGUAAACCACUAUCCACCGGUCACAGGUAUAGAACAGCUUGUGACUUUGGCUUCGCAUCUUUGGACGUUCUGACAGUUUAUGCUGAGGAUUCGGGCACAUACACCUGUCAGGCCACCAAUAAACUGGGAACGGCCAAGAGCUCGAUAAAUCUUGAUGUAAAAUCACGCUCCUCUAUAAUCCGCGAAACCCAACACGAAAGUGCUCUUAAGAAGAUACAAUAUCUCGAAGAUGAUUCUCGUUACAAACGUACCGAGGAAGAAGAUUUCAUAAUCGCUGAGAAGCCUAAAUUUGGAAGACCAUUGAAGAAUAUUGAACACUUACCCGAAGGGAAGAACGCUCAUCUCGAAGCAACAUUGACACCAGUUAAUGAUCCCACGAUGAUCGUUGAAUGGUUCAGAGAUGGAAGACCCGUACCUCAAGGACACAAAUUUAAGACCACUUACGACUUUGGAUACGUCGCUCUGGAUAUUCUUUACGCUUAUCCUGAAGAUUCUGGCACGUAUAUGUGUAAAGCCAGAAAUGCUGUUGGUGAAGCUGUCACCACGUGCGUCAUCAGCGUAGACUCUAAGCAAGGUCUCUUCCUGGAUACCCUAGAUGCUCAACGUUUACAAAAGAUACGAGAAUUAGAAACCGUUGAAAUUAAAGAAGAAGUCGAAAAGGAAGUGGUUCAUCAAAAACCCGUAUUUUUAACGCCAUUGAACAACCUGGAUCAUUUGAAGGAAGGUGAACACGCUCAUUUGGAAUGUCGCGUCGAACCGAUCAACGAUCCGAAUUUGAAGAUCGAAUGGUUUGUAAAUGGAGUUGCCGUAAGGACUGGUCAUCGCUUCCGUACCACACACGAUUUUGGUUAUGUCGCUCUCGAUAUUUUGUAUACUUAUCCAGAAGAUUCAGGAACUUAUAUGUGCAAAGCAACGAAUUUGGCUGGAGAAGCAGUGAAUACGUGCACGAUUAAAGUUGGCUCUCGUCGCAGUAUACUUUUGGACACACAACAUCCGGACGGUCUCGAAAAGAUUCGUGAACUUGAAGCUCAAGGUCAUCCUGCUCGAUUAGAAGUAGAGGAACCUCCAUUAACACCACCGAGAUUUGUUUCUGAGCUCAGGGGCACUACUGAAGUUUACGAAGGUCAGACAGCUCACUUUGAAUGCCAAGUGGAACCACUUCACGAUGCCAAUCUUCGAAUCGAAUUCUUCCACAAUGGCAAGCCAUUACCAUCGGCAUCUCGUUUCCACAUGACCUUUGAUUUUGGAUAUGUGGCAUUGGACAUCAGUCACACAGUACCCGAAGAUGCAGGACAAUAUUCUGUGAAAGCUAUAAAUGCCCUUGGACAAUGCGUAUCUUCCAUCGAACUUAAAGUGAUACCGCGUGACAAUAUCAUUUUGGAUUCUCAACGACCAGAAGGAAUGGACAAGAUUCGCGAACUCGAAGCUCAACAGCCAUGGAAAAGGCCAGACAUACCAGAACCACAAACGAGACAACGACCCGUUUUCACGCAGCCCUUGCAAAAUAUCGAUGCUAUACCCGAAGGCCAUACAGCUCACUUCGAAUGUAGACUCAUACCUGUUGGCGAUCCUACUCUAAAAGUGGAAUGGUUCAGAAAUGAAGUACCUUUGGAAACAAGUUCCCGUAUAACGAAGGUUCACGAUUUUGGAUACGUGGCAUUGGAUAUUACGCAUGUUCGCGAUGAAGACGAAGGCGUCUACAUGUGCCGUGCUUCCAAUCCGCUUGGAGAAGCAGUUACUACAGCAUCGAUGAAAAUUAAGACUAAAGCCAGUAUUCAAUUGGAUACCCAACAUCCUGAAGCACAGCGUAGAAUUGCUCAAUUAGAAGCUGAUAAAGGACCUAGCCGAGCGGAGGAACCAGAUAAGGUUUUCGACAAACCUAUCUUUACACAGUUAUUAACUGGACCUACAGAACUCUGGGAGGGUCAGCUUGCCAGAUACGAAUGUAGAGUCGUUCCCGUGGGUGAUGCUAGUUUGAGAUUUGAGUGGUAUAUGAACGGGAUCGAGUUGAAAAUGGGAUCUCGCUUCCAUGUCAAUCAUGAUUUUGGUUAUGUAACAUUGGACAUAUUGAAAGUCAUACCAGAAGAUUCUGGGGUGUAUACUUGUAAAGCUAUUAAUAAAAGCGGAGAAGCCGUAUCAUCGAUUUCUCUCAAAGUUAAAGCACGGUCUGCGAUCGAUGCUCAAAGUAUACAACCGGAUGCAUGGCAAAAGAUUCAACUCAAGGAAGCGGAGAUGAAUAAAGUGCCAGAGAUGUUCGUUGAUACAACACCUCAACAAGCACCGGUAUUCACGAAACAUCUGGAAAGUUAUGAUAAAUUGGUCGAAGGACAACAUGUUUAUCUUGAAGCUCAAGUAGAGCCAAGAGCUGAUCCUAAUUUGCGAGUAGAAUGGUUCAAAAAUGGUAUAUCCCUACAAACUGGUACAAGAUUACGUAGUACCUUUGAUUUUGGCUUAGUCACACUGUCCAUCAACGGUCUAAGACCAGACGAUUCAGCCAUUUACACCUGCAAAGCUACAAAUCUACUUGGAGAGGCAGUGUCUACGUGUAGUUUGAAAAUUGUGGAUCGCCACUGGCUUCUUGGAGAUACUCUUCAUCCAGACGCAUUACCCAAAAUUGAUGCUCUUGAACAACCACAAAUCGGUACUACCGAGCAACCAGAACCCGUGUACGAAGAACCAGUUUUCAUAACGCACUUGAACAAUGUAGAAUGUGUUGAAGGUGAUAACGUUCAUUUCGAGUGUAACGUAGAACCAUCAAAAGAUCCAACUAUGAAAAUUGAAUGGUUCAUGAAUGGAAAGCCACUACCAACUGGUGCACGAUUUAAGUCGACUUACGAUUUUGGAUAUGUUGCACUCGACAUUACACAUAGCUACGAAGAGGAUUCAGGCAUCGUGACGGUUAAGGCAACGAAUUCCAAGGGAACGGCACAGACAUCGGGUACCCUGAAAUGCAUCAGCAAACAAAGUAUUUACUUGCAGACUCAACAUCCGCAAGGUGAAGCUGGAUUGGAGAAAGUUAAAGAAGCCGAAGACGCUUAUUUAUCGAAAUAUAGAAGACCGGAUGAUAAACCGGAACAUGAAUAUCCCAAACCAAUUUGGACCGUACCUCUUCAACCGGAAUUCAAGUUAGGAGAAUCUGAACCUCUUCAUUUAGAAGGACAGGUCGAACCGAAGGAUGAUCCUAAUUUGAAGAUCGAAUGGUAUUUCAAUGGUAAAGCUUUGGAGCAUGGAGCUCGUUUUAAAAUGACCAGCGACUUUGGAUUUGUUACCUUGGAUCUUACGGAUGUUUACGAUAGAGAUUCUGGUAUUUACACUUGUAAAGCAUAUAACAAAGCUGGAGAAGCGUUUACGUCUACGACCGUAUAUUGUUCGACUAAAGAAAGUAUUAUCGAAAAAUCUCAACAUCCGAAAGGCAAGGAAGGUCUGGAAGCUAUUCAAGACCUCGAGGAAUCUCUGAAACGGCAGGAUGGUGCUUUGCCCGAAAGCGAAGAGGGACAUCCUCCCGUUUUCACCUCACAAUUCGAGAACCUGACUAAUCUAUCGGAAGGUGAGAUAGCUCAUUUCGAGGCAUCGCUUACACCAACGGGCGAUCAGACUAUGGUGGUUGAAUGGUUCUACAAUGGAAAAUCAUUAGAAGCUAGUCAUCGUACUAGAACCGUUUACGCCUUUGGUAUGGUCGUAUUGGAAGUCCUUGGAACUAAAAUUGAAGAUUCGGGUACCUAUUCUUGUAGAGCAACGAACAAAUGGGGUAAAGCGGAGAUAAGCGUUCAACUCGAAUGCGUAGACAAGUCGAAGGGACAAAAACCAAAAUUCACCACUCAUAUACAGUCCUUGGAAGGUCUUAAAGAUGGACAAUCGGUACAUUUCGAAUGUACUCUUAUCCCUGUGGGCGAUCCACAUAUGAAGGUCGAAUGGUUCCACAAUGGACAGCCUCUUAGACAUUCUUCUCGUUUCAAAAUGGUUUCCGAUUUUGGAUUCGUCGUUAUGGAUAUUGCUGGAGUUAUGUCGCAUGACACCGGAGAAUACGUGUGCAAGGCUAGCAACAAAUAUGGCGAAGAUUAUACGAAAGCGACCAUUAAAUGUUUCGGAAAAAGUGGAGUAUACUUAGAUUCUCUUCAACCUGAUUCUCUCGCUAGAAUUCGCGAACUUGAAAGCUACGGCGGUGAACAACCGACUACUCCAACUACUCCUGUUGCCGAACCACCCAAGUUUAUCACGCAAAUUGCAGACAUUACAAAACUCGUGGAAGGACAAUCUGCUCAUUUCGAAGCCAGACUGACUCCUGUUAAUGAUCCAGACUUGAAAGUUGAAUGGUACUACAAUGGUAAAAAGCUACCUCACGGUCAUCGUUAUAGAACUUUCCAUGAUUUCGGUAUCGUCAUUCUCGACAUACUUUAUUGUUACGAAGAAAAUUCCGGUGUAUACGAAUGCAGAGCCUUCAACAAGUACGGCGAAGAUACGACCAAAGCGACAUUGAAAUGUUUUUCAAAAUCCAGCCUUAUUUUGGAAUCCCAAUUACCAAAAGGAAUGGAAGGUGGUUUAGAGAAAAUCCAAACCCUCGAGGACUCUAUGAUUCGUACUAGAGACGAGAAAACAGUUGAAGAACGUGGAAAAGCUCCAGUUUUUACUGUACCUUUAAGCAACAUCGAUGGUCUUCGGGAAGGAGAAAGUGCUCACUUUGAAGCCAGACUUACGCCUACGGAUGAUCCAAGAUUAAAGGUCGAAUGGUUCUGGAACGGUAAACCGCUUCGAACAGGUUCACGCUUUCGAACAUUCUGUGAUUUCGGUUUCGUUAUUUUGGAGAUCUCACCAAUUUACCCUGAAGAUUCCGGAGAAUAUAGUUGUCGAGCAAUUAACGAUUACGGUGAAGCAGUAACUACUUGUACUAUGAAGUGUACAGGAAAACGCAGUAUAAUUCUUGAAUCACAAUUGCCAAAAGGCAUGGAGAGUACAAUAGAUAAAAUAGCUGAACUCGAAGGUCUUGGAAACGAACCUGGGCAACCAAGUCCCGAUGAUGAUACAGGAAAACCACCAGAAUUCAUUACUACUCCAUCGGAUUUAACGCUUGCAGAGAAUUCCUUAGCCCAUUUCGAAUGCAGGCUCGUACCAAUCAACGAUUCUAGCAUGAGAGUUGAAUGGUUCCAUAAUGGAAAGCCUCUUCUAGCUGGUACCAGAGUAAAAACCAUUCAUGAUUUUGGUUUUGUCAUUUUGGAAGUGGCCAAUUGCUAUCAACGAGAUUCUGGCCUUUACACGUGUAAGGCAACCAAUCGUCACGGAGAAGCUACGGUGUCCUGUAAGUUGCAAGUUCGUGGUCGUCAAGGUAUUAUUUUAGAACCACAAUUGCCUAGUAAUUUCAAGACCGGUACCGAAAGUAUUCAAAAACUAGAAGAAUCCCUUUAUAAGAAAGAUGAAAUCCUUGCGGAAGAGGAAACUCCUAAUCCACCGAGAUUCAUAGUUGAAUUAAAAGAUAUCGAGGUCGAGGAAUCUGGCCCAAGUCACUUCGAUUGUAGAGUCGAACCGGUCGGUGAUCCGACGAUGCGCGUUGAAUGGUAUCACAAUGGUCGACCUUUCGCAACUGGUUCUCGCGUACAUCAAAUUAAUGACUUUGGAUUUAUUUCACUGGAUAUGUCUUAUACGUACGCGAGAGACAGCGGUGAAUACGUGUGCAGAGCUACGAAUAAAUGGGGUACUGCGACUACCAAAGCAACCAUCACUUGUAAAUCUAAAAAGACAAUAGAUUUCGAUUCACAACUACCAUCGGGUAUGAGUGGUGAAAAAUUAAAGGAAUUAGAACGUGGACCUAUCAGCGAACCACCUGUCGAAGAAGCACCACGGGAACCUCCACGUUUUAUUACUCAAAUUCAGUCGGCUACAGUCGACGAAUCAGAACCAGUUAGGUUCGAAUGCCGAGUGGAACCAAAAGAUGAUCCUAAUUUACGCAUCGAAUGGUAUAGAAAUGGAAAAAUUAUUCCUGCAGGGCAUAGAUAUAGAACUGUAUAUGAUAUGGGCUUCGUAUCUAUGGACAUUUUAUAUGUAUAUCCUGAGGAUUCUGGUGAAUACGUAUGUAAGGCCAUCAAUGAUCUUGGAGAAGAUACCACUAAGGCAUCUGUAUCUUGCAAAAAACUUCCAAGUAUCAUCCUCCAGAACCAAGUACCAAAAGGCAUGAAGAAAUCGGAAGCUUUGAUGCAAAUGGAAGCGACUAUUAAAAAAUAUACAUCCGAAGUUCACUUGACCGAAGAUGAUCUCUAUGAUGCCGAUAAGAAACAACCACCGCGUUUCGUUACACAAAUUCAGGAUCAAACGGAACUUGUCGAAAUGAACAGCACUAAAUUCGAAUGUCAAUUGGCACCAGUAGGUGAUCCAAAUAUGAAAGUUGAAUGGUUCUUCAAUGGCAAACCACUUCCACAAAAGAACAGAUUUACACCGAUAUACGACUUCGGUUACGUUGCCAUGAACUUUGGUUGGGUGUAUCCGGAAGAUAGCGGAGAGUAUCUCUGCAGAGCGACUAACUUGUAUGGAAUGGAUGAAACUAGAGCGAUAAUUCGAACCGCAGGAAAACCUGGUAUCAUUUACGAGUCUCAAUUACCAAAGGGCAUGAAGAGUAUUGAAAAAAUACGAGAAAUGGAAGCCGCAUGGCAGAUUGUUCCUGAGGAGGAGGGCGAAGAAGAAAAAGUACGUGCACCACCAGUGUUUGUGAGCAAACCAGAACCAGUUACCGUUGAAGAAGGCGACUGGUCCAGAUUUUGUUGUCGCGUUACAGGCCACCCAAGACCACGAGUUAUGUGGAUACUCAAUGGACACACCGUCGUUAAUGGAUCGCGUUACAAAUUAACCUACGACGGCAUGUAUCAUCUUGAUAUACCAAAGACUAGACAGUACGAUCAUGGAAAGGUCGAAGUAAUCGCAAGAAGUUCCGUUGGGGAAUCACGUACAGAAACUUUCUUAACGGUUAAGCAGCGAAGCGACGACUAUCGUGGGGUAUUGAAGAAUUCACCUAGACCUUGGUACGAUUAUGGGCUAACCCAAUACCAGUCGGAGAGACAGAACACAGAACUCGAGCGUGUGUUCGAGGAACGUCACCAAACCGUUUCUCAAGGCAUUGAGAUUGCGACCGAACAUCUUGGGCAAAAGGUCUUUAAAGAACCUGAAGCCGAAUGGCAGAAAUCGGUAAAGAACAAAAAGAACGAGGACUAUUAUCAAAAGUUGAUGAGCUUGGAAGAGGAGCAAGUGUUGAAGGAAUCUAGAUUGAGAGAAACUUCCCAUCAGUUCGCCAUUCCUGGUGACAAAGUGGUAUCUCAUUCCAUGGCUAAAGGAAUGGCUCAGAAAUAUCAGGAAAGUCUUGAAACGCAAGACACGAAAAUACAAGAAACAACUCAAGUGACAUCUCAACCACAACCUAAAUUCGCGAAAAAGCCGCAUGUAACUGAGGUAGAUAUCGACACUGAGCGUUUAAAGGGCACAGGAAGACCUCCCCCGGAACCUUCUGAAUCUUUGGUCCAUGGACGGGAGGUUCACGUGGCAAAACAAAAACAGACCCAGAAAGAGGUAAAGGGUGACUUAGAAAUAACAAGGAAAAUAACAGCUACUGAAACGACGGAAGUCGAGCACAAGGCCAAGACUCAAGAACGCGUGGUCCAAGGACAAAUGAAACCGGCGAAACCGCCAGUUUUCACGAAGAAGAUCCAACCAUGCAGAGCCUUUGAACAAGAACAAGCGAGAUUCGAGGUUGAAUUCGAUGGAGAUCCAUUACCAACCAUAAAAUGGUACAGAGAAGACUUCCCGAUCCAGAACUCACCGGAUCUUCAAAUCUACACGUUCAGCACCAAGUCGGUUUUAAUUAUUCGUCAGGUCUUUAUGGAAGAUUCUGCAGUGUUUUCCGUUAUCGCUGAAAAUCGUGGAGGCAAAGCUAAAUGCAGUGCCAAUCUCGUUGUCGAGGAACGUAGAAGACAACCUGGAAGAGGUGGAGUCGUACCACCUAGUUUUCUAUCUACCAUACAAAAUACUUCGGUAACAACUGGACAAUUGGCCCGUUUUGAUGCCAAAGUCACUGGUACCAAACCUUUAGACGUUUACUGGUUGAAGAACGGCAAAAAGGUGACGGCUGAUAUCCGUUACAAAACUUUGGAAGAGGAUAACAUUUACACUCUUCUUAUUUUGGAAACUAUACCAGAUGAUUCAGGUAAAUACGAAUGCGUUGCUAUCAACAGUGCCGGCGAGGCACGUUGCGACGCCGAAUGCACGGUUCGUGGACCUCAGUCGCCAACAAAAACCGCAAAACCAACAACGCCUGGUGUAGAGAAGGCACCUUCGGUUCUGGAACCUCUUAAAGAUCAAACGAUUAAAGAAGGAACGUCCGUGGCGUUCGCUUGCAAAAUAACAGGAAAGCCUGUACCUACUGUUCAGUGGAAGAAAGGCGAUAAGGUUAUCAAGCCAUCAAAGUAUUUCCAAAUGCAAAAAGAUGGUGAUCUUUGUACUUUGAAAAUCACAGAGGCCUUUCCCGAGGACGAAGGUGUUUAUAAAUGUAUUGCCAAAAAUCCUGCCGGCGAUGUUACUACUUCAGCAAAUUUGAGAGUUCUUGCCCCAGAUGCGGCUGAUGUUUUGCCAAAAUUAUCGCCGCUGAAAGAUCAAAUAGUUUCGGAGGGACAACCAGCACAAUUUAAAACUCAGGUUACUCCAGCGAAACCAAAGCCAACGAUUCAAUGGUACAGGGAAGGUGCCCUUAUACCUCAGUCGCCCGAUUUUCAGAUGAUUCACGAGGGCAACAAUGCUGUACUGUUAAUUGCAACAACUUACGAAGAGGACACUGGCACUUUCAGCUGCAGAGCUACGACCUCAGCCGGUACCGUAGAAACCUCUGCGAAACUCAUCGUCAAAAAACGGAAAGGGACUUAUUACGAGGUCCCUGCCGAAUCGGGCCCAGGUUUAAAAGCUGGGGAGAAAAUUUUUGAUGGUCUAGAAAAAGGGAAGGAUGUAAUAUUGAAACCAUUGCUUCUGGAUGAAGAGGGUUUACCUCUUCAACCCGGAGAUGAAUCAUUACCUUGGCGAAGAGGUCGAGUAAGUCACCGACCUCGACCUACGAAUGUUACUCCCUGGAGGAGGGAAAAACCAAAAUCGAGGGAUGUAUCAUUGGACAAAUUGGAAUCGGUUGAGAGUAAAAAGAAACCUUGGACGGAAGAACAAAUCGUCUUGAAAAAGACCCCUCAAACAACGCGUGACAUUCCGAAAGAAAAAUUGGAACAAGUUGAACUCAAGCCUACGAAGAUUGAUAAAAUAGAGAUAAGACGACCUAGUCAGGAAACGAUAACAUUGAAACCAGUAACCAAAGAUGUAACGUUAAUUAGGAAAGAGAUCUCUGAGACUUCAUAUGUCGAUGAAGUUUCAAAAGAUGUGUACGUUGAGGAAGAAGAUGCUAAACGUUUAAAACUAUCACGCAGGGUGGAUGAAUCGAUUCUCAGGAAAGAUGAAGAAAAACCUAAGCCAUGGACCGAAGAAAAAAUUACUCUUAAGAAAAGCGAACCUGUUAAAAAGCCAGUUUCGAAGGAAACGAUUGAAAUCGAAUUAAAGCCAGCUAAAACGGAAAAGACAGUUAUGAAGAAAGAUGAUAAAGUCGAAUACGUAGAACAAGAAGACACCACACUUUUAGAUGUAUCUAAGUUAUCCGAAGAGAAGAGAAUUACAAAAGAAAAAAUUGUUGCUGAAAAAGUAGAACAACCUAAACCUUGGACGGAAGAAAAAGUCACUUUAAAGAAAGCUAAGGUCGAAAGAAAAGCAUUAAUCAAAGAAACACCAGAAACUGUUGAACUUAAACCGACUAAACCUGUUAAAACGGAAGUGCAGAAAUCAAUUCUCGAAGAAGUUGAUCUCAAGGCAGUCACUAAAACGACUACGGAAAUAACUAAGGAAGACAUUCGAAAGGAUGAAUAUCGCGAUGAAGAGAGUAUCAAAUUACUUCGCCUAUCUACUGACGUAAAAGAAACAAAAAAAAUAGAUAAGGAAGAAGUUGAAGCUAAACCUUGGACCGAAGAAAAAAUCACGUUGAAGAAAGCAAGACCAGAUAAAAAAGACAUUCCUAAAGAGGAAGUCGAAAAGGUCGAUUUGAAGUCUCCGAAAAAGGAAACGAUUGAUAUCAAGAAACCAAGCAUAAAAGAUAAAACAAUCGAAAAGAAAUUAAUACCAAAAGAAACUGGUCCAUAUACCGAGGAAGAGGAUACAACAAGAUUGACUGUCACUUCUGAUACGAAAACAAGUGUCCAAACUGAAUCUAAAAUUAAAAAGACAGAUAAAAUACCUCAGGUAGCCGAAACGAAGCCUUGGACGGAAGAAAGGGUAACAUUAAAGAAGACAAAGGUAGACAAAAAGGAAGUAAUAAAAGAAACCCUCGAAGAAGUUCCAUUAAAAUCAAUAAAGCCAGAAAAGAAGGAAACGACAAAGAAAAUCACGAAAACGAUAGAGGACAAAACUACAGAAUAUGUCGAAGAGCAGGAAGACAGCAAAUUUUUAAAUAUUCAAAAAGAUAUUACGGUAGAACAACAAAAAACUGAAAAAGCUGUACCGUGGUCAAGGGGUAUUAAAAAAUCAAAAGAAAAGAUGCCAUUCGAGGAAAAAGAAGAUAUAACUACUCUUCAAAUUGACAGAGACAUAGAAAGUAUAAAGAAGGAAGUUAAGGAAGAAACACCAGUACCAUGGAUAAGAGGAAAGAAACCAUUAGACAAAGCACCUUACGUUGAAGAAGAAGAUCAUACUAAAAUAACAACUGAUAAGAUAGAAGAGACUGAACAAGUCACUCAAAAAGAGACAGCUGUUCCAUGGAUUCGAGGUAAAAAGCCAAAGAAGGAAGAUGUACCUAAAGAGCAGGAAAGUCCUAGCGAGGAAAUAUCUCAAGUUCCUUGGCUCCGUGAUAAAAAAUUGAGUCGUACAAUUACAAAGAAAAAAGAAGGAGAGGAAGAAAAAGUACAGGAGGAAGUAAUAUUGAAACCUGUUAUACGACAAAAGCCAGAAGAAAAAGAAGAAGAAAAGAAACAGCCACAAAAGAAAACAGAAAUUACCAUGCCAAUUAGACCACAGGAAACUCUCGAGGAAGCACCUCUGGAAUCUUCUAGUGCGCCUUGGCGUCGUACAGUAAAAACAAAACCUUCUGUACCGGAAUUACCGGAAAUUGAACAGAUUCCUUCAAAAGUAGAAGAAACGAAACAAAUAAUUAGAAAAGACGAACAGGUAAUCGAAGACUUUAGAACGUUAAGUUUAAAACCUACUAGACGUAGUAGCCGACCACUUGAACAAGAGGAAAUGGAGAAACCAACGCUUAAGCCCGUCGCUCCAAUUCCGCAAGAACAAUUGAAACCAGAAAGAUCGGAACAGCUUGUAAAUGGAGAAAAGAUCGAAGAAAAGACCGAGCUUCCUUGGAGGCGUGGAAGAAAACUUUCGACAAAACUAAUACCAGACAGUAAACCUGAAAUUGAAAUUCCAGUAGAACACAUUCCUAAAGAGCAAGACAAAGAAACAUUAAAAACUGAAACGAGGAAGCAAAUUGAAGAAAUUCCAGAUCAGACAAAGAUUACGUUGGUCACGAAACGAAAAAUUCCAGAAGAGGUGAAACCAGAGGAAGUGACAUUGAAACCUGUUAAACGAAUUCCCAAAGAAGAAGAAACAAAAGAAGAGAUAACUUUAAAACCUAUAGACAGGAAAAAACCAGAAGUGGAGGCUCCAGAAGAAGUUAAACUUAAACCUGUGAGAAAAGAAAAGGUCCCAGAAGAGGUGAAACCAGAGGAAGUGACAUUGAAACCUGUUAAACGAAUUCCCAAAGAGGAAGAAACAAAAGAGGAAAUAACUUUAAAACCUAUAGACAGGAAAAAACCAGAAGUAGAGGCUCCAGAAGAAGUUAAACUUAAACCUGUGAGGAAAGAAAAAGUUCCAGAGGAGAUUAAACCAGAGGAAGUUAUACUGAAACCGGUCAGAAAAGAAAAGGUCCCAGAAGAGGUGAAACCAGAGGAAGUGACAUUGAAACCUGUUAAACGAAUUCCCAAAGAGGAAGAAACAAAAGAAGAGAUAACCUUAAAACCUAUAGACAGGAAAAAACCAGAAGUAGAGGCUCCAGAAGAAGUUAAACUUAAACCUGUGAGGAAAGAAAAGGUUCCAGAGGAGAUUAAACCAGAGGAAGUUAAACUGAAACCGGUCAGGAAAGAAAAGAUCCCAGAAGAGGUGAAACCAGAGGAAGUGACAUUGAAACCUGUUAAACGAAUUCCCAAAGAGGAAGAAACAAAAGAAGAGAUAACUUUAAAACCUAUAGACAGGAAAAAACCAGAAGUAGAGGCUCCACAAGAAGUUAAACUUAAACCUGUGAGGAAAGAAAAGGUCCCAGAGGAGAUUAAACCAGAGGAAGUUAAACUGAAACCGGUCAGGAAAGAAAAGAUCCCAGAAGAGGUGAAACCAGAGGAAGUGACAUUGAAACCUGUUAAACGAAUUCCCAAAGAGGAAGAAACAAAAGAGGAAAUAACUUUAAAACCUAUAGACAGGAAAAAACCAGAAGUAGAGGCUCCAGAAGAAGUUAAACUUAAACCUGUGAGGAAAGAAAAAGUUCCAGAGGAGAUUAAACCAGAGGAAGUUAAACUGAAACCGGUCAGGAAAGAAAAGAUCCCAGAAGAGGUGAAACCAGAGGAAGUGACAUUGAAACCUGUUAAACGAAUUCCCAAAGAGGAAGAAACAAAAGAAGAGAUAACUUUAAAACCUAUAGAUAGGAAAAAACCAGAAGUAGAGGCUCCAGAAGAAGUUAAACUUAAACCUGUGAGGAAAGAAAAGGUUCCAGAGGAGAUUAAACCAGAGGAAGUUAAACUGAAACCGGUCAGAAAAGAAAAGGUCCCAGAAGAGGUGAAACCAGAGGAAGUGACAUUGAAACCUGUUAAACGAAUUCCCAAAGAGGAAGAAACAAAAGAGGAAAUAAUUUUAAAACCUAUAGACAGGAAAAAACCAGAAGUAGAGGUUCCAGAAGAAGUUAAACUUAAACCUGUGAGGAAAGAAAAGGUUCCAGAGGAGAUUAAACCAGAGGAAGUUAUACUGAAACCGGUCAGAAAAGAAAAGGUCCCAGAAGAGGUGAAACCAGAGGAAGUGACAUUGAAACCUGUUAAACGAAUUCCCAAAGAGGAAGAAACAAAAGAAGAGAUAACCUUAAAACCUAUAGACAGGAAAAAACCAGAAGUAGAGGCUCCAGAAGAAAUUAAACUUAAACCUGUGAGGAAAGAAAAGGUUCCAGAGGAGAUUAAACCAGAGGAAGUUAAACUGAAACCGGUCAGAAAAGAAAAGAUCCCAGAAGAGGUGAAACCAGAGGAAGUGACAUUGAAACCUGUUAAACGAAUUCCCAAAGAGGAAGAAACAAAAGAGGAAAUAACUCUGAAGCCUAUAGACAGGAAAAAACCAGAAGUAGAGGCUCCAGAAGAAGUUAAACUGAAACCGGUCAGAAAAGAAAAGAUCCCAGAAGAGGUGAAACCAGAGGAAGUGACAUUGAAACCUGUUAAACGAAUUCCCAAAGAAGAAGAAACAAAAGAAGAGAUAACUUUAAAACCUAUAGACAGGAAAAAACCAGAAGUGGAGGCUCCAGAAGAAGUUAAACUUAAACCUGUGAGAAAAGAAAAGGUCCCAGAAGAGGUGAAACCAGAGGAAGUUAAACUGAAACCUGUGAGAAAGGAAAAGAUCCCAGAAGAGGUGAAACCAGAGGAAGUGACAUUGAAACCUGUUAAACGAAUUCCUAAAGAGGAAGAAACAAAAGAGGAAAUAACUCUGAAGCCUAUAGACAGGAAAAAACCAGAAGAAAAAGCACCAGAGGAAGUUAAACUGAAACCUGUGAGAAAGGAAAAGAUCCCAGAAGAGGUGAAACCAGAGGAAGUGACAUUGAAACCUGUUAAACGAAUUCCCAAAGAGGAAGAAACAAAAGAAGAGAUAACCUUAAAACCUAUAGACAGGAAAAAACCAGAAGUAGAGGCUCCAGAAGAAGUUAAACUUAAACCUGUGAGGAAAGAAAAGGUCCCAGAGGAGAUUAAACCAGAGGAAGUUAAAUUGAAACCGGUCAGAAAAGAAAAAGUUCCAGAGGAGGUUAAACCAGAGGAAGUUAAAUUAAAACCUGUUAAAAGAAUUCCUAAAGAUGAAGAAACGAAAGAAGAGAUAACAUUGAAGCCUAUAGAGAAGAAGGAAGCUAAAGUAGAAGUACCAGAAGAGGUAAAGUUGAAACCUCUCAUAAAAGAAAAGAAACCCGAAGAAGCCAAACCUGACGAGAUUAUUCCUGUCGCUGUUGUUGAAAAACCUGAUGAAGAGAAACCAGAUGAAAUUAGUAUUUUACCCUGGCGACGGACUCGUAAAGCGAAGAAAGUGGUUGAUUUUAAAGAAGAGGUUACUGUAGUACCAAUUGACCAAGAACAGAUGAUAACAGAAAUACACGAAGAAAAAGGAAUAUCUGAAUUGAAAGAAGCAACUGUAAUUGAAGAAAGAGAAGUUAUAAUGCCUAAACCACUUCCUGAAAAGGUUACGGAAGUAUCAGAAGAAAAGAAAAUAGAAGUUACUGAGAAAAAGGUAAUGCCAUGGCGAAAAGCUAGGAAACCUGAGAAGAAAACCGAAGAGAUUCUACAGGUCGAACAAAUACACGAGGAGAAAAAGGAAGAUGUAGAGGUUGUUGAAAAGACUGAAAUUUCCUGGAGAAAAAUAAAACGGAAACCAGAGGAAACAAAAAAAGAUGAGAAAUCGUUGGAUAUUAUUGAAAAGGUCAUCGAAAGUGUAGAAGAUGUAACGAAGAAAUUGAAACCUGAAGAACAAAAACCAAUUAUGAAAGCCGUAGAAAGAGAAGAUGUGGUAGAGGAAGUAACUGUUGAGACAAUAAAGAUGAAACCAGAAAAGAAAGAGAAAUCUAAAACAGAACCAAUAAAAUUAGAAAUAGCUCCUGAGAAACCCGAAGAAACGGAAGAAAUUAGCACCGAUUUGGUAUUGAAGAAGCCCAAGAAGAAAGAUAAACCUAAAGAAGAUAUUACUCCUGUAAUUGUCGAAGAGAAGCAAGUAAUUGCAGAAGACAUUGUUACUUCUGUUCAAGAUUUCCAAAUAACUCGUAAAGAAAAGAUAAUCAAAACCGAUAAGAAGCCGGAAGAAAUUGUCCAAGAUGAUUACAAAGUUGAAAAAGUAAUUCAGGAACGUGUCACAGAAGAAACUAAGCGAAGACGUAGACAACAUACACAAGUCGAUAUACCGAUUAUAGAUAAAGAUAAAACAAUUGCGCCAAGGUUCAUCCAGAAGCUACAACCAAUUAUUGCGGAACUUGAACAACCCGCUAAAUUUACGUGCACCGUCGUCGGUAAUCCAGUUCCCGAAAUUUCUUGGUAUAGAAAUGAGCAAGAACUUCAUGCAAGCGAAAAAUAUAUUAUGACGAUAUUUGAAACAACAGCUACUUUGGAAAUUACCAAGGUGAAAGAAGAAGAUGCAGGAAUGUAUUCUUGCAGAGCAUCGAAUCCGGCAGGAGUUGCAACGUCUACAGUGAAUCUCGUCAUCUUUGAAAAAGAAGAGGAAGGUGUUGCUCCUCACUUCUCUACUCCAAUCAAGCCACUUAUGGUCGAAGAACAUAAACCAGCAACGCUCGAAUGCGUUGUUACUGGUACACCAGUCCCCGAAGUAAAAUGGUAUAGUGGUGAUAAGGAAAUUAUACCAAAAAAAGGAACGGAAAUAACGUUCAAUCCGGAAACAGGAGAAGCUAAAUUAACUAUCCUUGAACCUACGCCACAAGAUGAAAUAACUUAUCGCGUACGUGCCGUAAACAAAUUCGGUCGGGCAGAAUGCAGAGCCAAUUUGGUUAUAAGCAAUAUCGUUAAAAUUUCCAAACCAGAGGUAAUGCAAGCUCCUACAAUAAUAAAGCCUUUGCCAGCAUUGGUGGCAGAACGGGGUAAACCUCUAAAGUUAACGGCUGACUUCGAAAGCAAGCCGAAACCAGAUGUAAAAUGGUAUCGCAACGGAAUCGAAAUUACACCUAGCGAAAACCGUGUGAUAAAGAUUUAUGAAAAUAGUGCAGAACUGUUGAUACCUUCACCCGUUAAAACAGACGGCGGAAAAUAUGAGAUAAGGGUACAAAAUCCUGCUGGAGAAGCUCGAAGUUCCGGUUCGGUUACCGUAAAAGAACGCGAAGAUAAAUUAGACGAGGUGAAAGCUCCACGAUUUAUUGAACCUAUACAACCGCAAAUAGUCACAGAAGGGGAAGUUGUAAUCAUGGAAGCACGAGUAGAUUCUUAUCCAACAGCCUCCUUUCAGUGGUUCUACGAAAGUCGUCCCCUCGAAUCUACGGCACAGAUGAGAAUAGUUACGAAAGAAAAUAGAUCGGUAUUACUGGUGAAAGAGAUCAAACCAGAAUUCGCAGGUACGUACACCUGUCGUGCUGAGAACGUAGGUGGAUCAGUUACUUGUACGGCUACCGUUAAUCUUCUCGACACAACGUGGGAGGAAGCUACUGAAUUAAUAUCACCAACAUUCGUGAAAAGAUUAUCACCUGUUAGAGUGAUGGAUGGUGAGAGCGUAAAUCUAACGUGUGUCGUAGAAGGUAAACCAACGCCAAAAGUCGAAUGGUAUCACGAUGACAAACUGAUCAAAGAAGGCAAAGAAAUAACUAUUUUGCAAGACACCGAAGGUGUAUGUAGUCUUGCAAUUACGGAGGUAUUUCCCGAGGAUGCAGGUCAAUAUACGUGUCGUGCUGUAAAUCCUAUUGGUGAGGCUGUCUGUACAUCGUCGCUUGUCGUCGAAGCAUAUGAGUACGUACCAGAUUCAGAGAUUGCAUCGUCGAUCGUUGCAACGUCUCUUACCACAGGACAAAGUGGUUCGGAAGAAGACCUAUUAUCGCCAAAGGAGACGCCUCUCUUCGAUACUGAUACAGAGGAGUCUGCUCCAGAAAUAAUAAAGAAACUUCCUCAGUUAAUUCCUACCAAAGAUGGAGAAUUAACCAGACUGGAAGUAAAGGUCAAAGGGAAGCCGAAGCCAGAAGGAAAGUGGUACAAGCAAGGAGUGGAAAUCGUAUCGUCUCAAGAAUUUCAAAUUGAAGAUUUUGAAGAUGGAACUUCGGUACUAACAAUCGCAGAAACUUAUCCAGAUGACACCGGUGAAAUUGUAUUUGAAGCGCAUAAUCCUCUUGGAGUAUCUACCACAAUGACGUAUUUGUCCGUAGAAGGUAUCCUCGGGACAAAAGAAUAUAGGAAACCAGAAUGGGUGACCCAAAUGGAGGAGAUGCAAGAAGCUCUUAAAGCCACGCAAUCCAUACCACGAUUUAUUCAAGAAAUAACAGACGCUUAUGUAAAUGAAGGAGAAAAGGUCGUGUUCGAAUGCAUAUAUUCCGGUAAUCCUGUUCCAGACGUUGUUUGGUACAAAAAUGAUAAAUUGAUAAUGAAUACGGAUAAUAUCAAAAUCCGUAUCCUCGACAAUGAGAAGAAAACUUCGCUUAAUAUUUUGAAAGCUACUCGAGAAGACGAAGCUGUUUAUGUUUGUAAAGCUACAAGUGAGAUUGGUUUGACGAUAACAAAGGCCAAAUUACGCGUAACUGGCACUGAAACCGUCUGGAAGCCGAUGUCUGAGGAUGAAGCUGAAGAGGUGGUAGAGGUUAAACAGAAGAAAGAAGUACACAAAAAGAAGAAACCGGAAUUGAAGAAGGCAAAAGAACUGAAAGAAAAAAUCAAGACAGAGCGUGUAAAAGUCGAUAAGAAAGAGAUCGUUAAAGAGGAGCCGAUAAGCAAAGAACAGCCUGAAGAUAAAAAAAUUGCCGAUAUCGAAGAAACCCAAAUACUCGAAAGUGCAACGACCUUUGAAGAGAAGACAAAAGAGGUUUCUCGGGCUAAGAAGAUCGUUCCUAUUCAGGAACCCGUGAUAACCGAAGCUACGCCUUCGUUGAAGAAGAUCGAUGACCGAAAAUCACGAGAAAUGGUAUCGACUAAAGAAAAAGCAAAGCCGGUAAUCGAGGAACGUGAGAGUAUGGUAGUCGUUUCGGAAAUAAGACCAGAAGACGUUGCAACUGAUUUCAAAGUAGAGAAAACGGUCGAUCGUGCGAGCGAGGUAACAUCAGAGGCAUUGGAGACAUUUUCUGUAUCGGAAGUUCGUACGGAAACGAAGCAAAAGAAAGCGAAGAAGGUGAUCGGUCAUGGACAAGUUGAGGUAACGCUGGUGAAAACCGAAGAGAUCGUCGAAGAGAAGCCAAAGAAAAAGAAGAAAGGUGAACAAAAGACAAGAAUUCGCGAAGAGAUAACUGUAGAAGAGAUACUUGAAAAAGAAAGAGAGCACAUCGCGCGAGAAGUCGAGGAAAUCCUUGAGGUGCUUCAGGCUAAGGAAUUUGGACCCGGUGAAAGUCCUUUACGCGAAUUGGCUACCAUCGGUUAUCUUGUACGGCAGGGUGUUUCGGUUACGGAAAUAAAUGAGAGUCUCUACACAACCGACAAGUUUCCAGCCUUGAGAACACCGGACGCUCAAAAUGCUUUAGUCCAAUUAGUUGAACGCGAAGGUCAUGGGCCUCUUAUCAGUCAAGUAUUAACCGAGGAAACAACUACCGACGAGAGCAUCGUAGCCGCAACUAUUGGCUUCAGGGCUUUUAUGAGAAUGAUCGAAUUACAACAUGCCACGGUGGAAGAGGUCAUUACGCACUUUGUACCCGAAGACUUCCGUCCACGUGCUUGGGAGGUCACAGAAGUGGCUGAGGUUGAAACCGAGCAACGCGUUAUGGAAAGAAUCGAUGCCGUCCAUAAAACAGAAGUCCAUAUCAUGGAAAGAAGAGACGAGAGGAAAGCCAUUCACGUGCAGGAUAUUCAAGAAAUUAAAGAAUACGAGGACACACGGCAGGCACACACAACACUACGCAAGCGAAAAGAUAGAAAACCGAAGGAUCGCAUUGAAGAUAAACCGCAGGAUAGGGAUGAGGGGGUUCAGGUAUUAGAAAUCGAGGAAAUCCAAGAGAUUGAAAAGGAGAAGAAGAAAGAGGACAUAGAAGAAGAAAUUAUUGUCAUUGAAAGGGAUUCAAAGGGCAGACUGAUUCCAAAAGAAGAAAUAGAUAUUGUGAAAAAAGUGAAAGAGAAAAAAGAGGAAGAGAAAAAAGAGAUAGAAGAAGUAGUGAUAGAGGAAGAAAUAAUUCGCAAGCGUAAACAAUUAAAAGCAAAGAGACCGGCUAUCGGUGAGGACGAAAUUCAAUUGGAAGAAGUAGAAGAAUUCGAAAUAAAACGUGAUAAAUCUAUGCCUUCUGUCGUAUUAAACGUACCUGGUCAACUUCACGAAGUAAUUCCUUUCAAUCGUACCGUUGAACAGGCUCCUGGUAAACCCAAAGUCGAGAAAGCUCAAUUAGCUGUAGAUACGGUUAGUGCGCUAACAGAACAUCUCCAACCUGUACAAGAAAAAGAAAUUGAUAGCGUUGAUGUGAGAAAACCAGUUGGACAAAAAGCGUCAGUUUCAGUUUCAACCGUGGAACCUUACUCUAUCACGGAAACUAAUAUUCAGGCUACGGCUAGCGAAUUUUUAGAUACGUUUAAACCAAAUACUUAUGCGGCUACUCCAGGCGUUACGCCAUCCGAAAGUUUAGUAGUAAGUGAAAUAUUAACUAACGAUGCCGAUUUGUCGGAUCUUACGUUGAGUAAACCAGAAGUUUCGAGAAGAGCCGAUACUAGUUUGACGUUACAAGAAGCUACGACGAUUUCUGAAACAAUGGUUAGUCAGAACGAAGUACCUACGGAAGAUUUUGUUUCGCCACUCGCGGUGAAAGCCGAGGAUAAUUUCUUGCCUCAAGUAGGACUUUCCGUCUACGAGGUUCAAGAAGGUUUGGUAGAAGACAAACUCGAACCUAUUAAAACUGUUCCUACGAAACCUAGGGUGAACGUUACCGCUACCGAACCAUUGAUCAUAGAGGAAGUAUGUGCCGAAGAUAAACCUGGAAAAUAUUAUCCAGAAUUAAUAGUACCAACAGAAGUCGCAAUACAAUCGGUCAUUGCACAGAAGCAAAGAGUUACAGAAGAAUUACAUGCUCCUGAAAAGGAGGGCGAGUAUGUGCCAGGUAAAUUGCCACCUAGUCAAAAAGCUCAGAUCGGUAUUUCUUAUGACAAUGAGACCGCUAUCGUUCAACAAAAUCUAAUCCAGGAAAGCGAGGGUAUUUUUGUUCCCGAUCGUAAAGCAGACACUUUCGAAGCAACGGAUAAAAUCACUUUGUUGGAAGGAGUCACAGUAUCUACCGUUGAUACACAACAGAGAGAAACAGAUCUAAAAGUAGAAGAAAGUAAAACUGUAAAAGCGGAUCUGAGCGUUAUCGAAAUUACUUCAGCUACGACAGUCGAAACAAUUACUUCGGAAAAGGAACAAGAUUAUCAGCCAGAUGAGAAGCCAGCUACUAAGCUUGCUGAAACAUCAAUCUCUACAUUAGAAAUAGGUUCUGUCACAAGCACGAUGGUUCAAGAAUCAGAGGGACCAUACACUAGCGAUCACAAACCAACAGCAUUUUUAGCAGAAACUUCAGUUAGACCGGAAGAAUAUCUACAGGUAUCUCAAGUUCAAACAGCCGAUUAUCCAUCAGAUUUUAAAGAUGAGUUAAAAUACGUAUCGGAAAGUGGCAGCGUAUCUGUCGAGUUAACAGAAGCUAAAAUGAUACACGAGACUCUUACGCACGAUAAGGAAUCAAAGUUGGAAGAAGUUGUAAAACCUGAAGAGCGUACAAUUUCAACCUCGUACGACGCAAUACGGGGCGUAGAAGUGUUCCAAACCACUUCGAUAGAAAAGGAAGCUGAAUUAAAGAUAUUCGAAUUACCAGAGUCUCAUCAUGGUAAAACCGUGCCAACUCAUCCAGUCAUGUCUCUACAAAUCGAGGAAACUCAUCCUGAAGAUAACGUAGGUGAAGUUAUCAAAGAAGUUCCAUCGUCAGCAGUGGCUGCAAUUGGCGCGGUAAGCUUGCAAGAAACAAUAGUAAAAGAAACAGUCCCGGCUGAAGGAUUAGCUCCUGUAAAAGAAGACAAAGUUGUUGAUAUGAAAAAGGCUGAAGUAGCAAUCGAUGAAAUAGAAAGCGUUCAUACCACCAUGGUCAUAACUAGUGAAAAAGAAGCCGAAUACACUACAGUAUCUAAUGUCAAAGGAGCAUUUGCUACGACAGAUUUUAUAACACAUAAUGCCCCUAUAUCAGAGGAAGUAAGAACUGAAUCUCCUACAAAUGAAUUUGUUCCACACGAGAGACCCGCUUCGAGAACAGCCGAGGAAUCUCGAAUUCCUCUGGAAAGUAUUUACGUAGCGAUACAAGAAACUGCGGAGAAAGAGGAUAUUUAUAAUGUCGAUGUAAAACCAGAACAGAAAAUUGCAAAUGUAGAUUACACCGAAGCGAAAAGCGGAUUAAGCAUUCUUGAAAUCGUUACGCACGAUAAAGAGAUGGCAUAUGCUCCUAUGGAAAGGCCCAAAGAUUAUACCGUUCAAACAUCCAUAACAGGUCAUACCAUAGCAUCACAGUCAGAAACUUUAAUACAACAAUCUACUGGUUCUAUAAUUGACGAGAUACCGAAAACGGGAAAAGCAAUUCAACAACAGGAGGCUUUAGAAGAACUGAUUGUAACAGAAACCAACGUAGCAGAAACAGGGAAACCAAGAGAAAUGGACGUACGUCCUAUCGAACAAAGCGCAGAUGUAGAAUUUUGUACAAGGCCGGAUACGUUAAUGGUUAGUGAAAUUACGGCCAUGUUAAAUGAAGAAAAGUUAUCGAUCGAAGAAGUACCAAAAGAGCGUAAAGUAUCUAUGAACAUUAGCGUUACUCACGAAGUAGCAGAAAUGCAAGAAACUAUUAUCGCUAGUAACGUUAACAUUUUAACGGAAGAAAAACCGAAAGAAGAAAGCGCAACUCAGCAACAAAGUGGUUUAAAUAUUGUAGAACAAACUGAAGUAUCAGUGUCGGAAAAAGAAUCACCAUUACAAGUGGAUCUGAAACCAGAAACGAAAAAAGUGGGAGUGACUUUCGAAGAAGGAGAGGGUCUUGAAAUUGUCAUGACACAUCCUGAAGAAAAAGAAGGAGAAUUUACUAAAGAUUCUAAACCAAAAGGCGUGGAAGCAAACGUAGAUAUUAUUACACAAAUUGUGGCAUCUAAAUUCGAAAUAAUAAGCGAUACUGAUUUAUCCCAAUUACCAAUUGAACCUGCAAAAACUGCACAAUCACAAACAACCUUUUUACCGUUUGAAACUACCAUUUCUGAACAAGUUGAAACCACAGAAAAAGAAGCUCCGCUGUCUGAAAGUCAACCAUUCGAUAGAAAAGCUAAUCUGGAAUUUAUAAUGGGCGAGAGUGUAAUUGUUUCUUCGGUAAUUCCUGGAGAUAAGGAAAGCACUUUACCCAAAGAAGAAAAGCCAGAAUCGAAAUCUGUAAUGUUCGAUAUACCCACACACAUGGUAGCUGAAACAAGUGAAACAACCGCUACAGAUAACAUUGGUGAUUUCAAAAGAGCAGAAAUAUUAUCUGCUACAGCUACCACAGAUCACGUUACUUUUCGUAGUUUAAUCACGUCAGAAAUAUCAACCGGCGAUUUAGAACAACCCCUUCCUACGUUCAUCAAGCCAGAGGAUAAAAUGAUUAAUGUUACCUUUGACGAAGAUUACGGCGUCACUAUAUUAGAAACUAUAACAUCUGAUAAAGAAAAGGAUUAUAUACCGGCAGCACCUAUCGAAGGUGAGAAAGCAAUAGCUGCUUUCGAUGCUCAUAAAGUGGCUCAACAGGAAGAAAUUACACCAACCACUCAUCCAGGAAUUUUGGAUAUCUCAGCUCUUACUACUGCGGCCGCCAAAGAAGAACGUUUACCGUUUGAAAGUAUUAUUCAAACGGAAACAAUUAUCUCAGAGACCGAAAAAGAAUUUCAAGAAAAGCCCAUUAUAGGUAAUAAAGCAGAAGUGGGAAUAAAUGAAUUAAUUUCUGUAACAGAAAGUACAGAAAUUGCGGCGCACAAAGAAGCUAUUCUUGAAAUUUCAGAGAAACCAGCCGAAAAGAAGGCUGAAUUUCAAAUAGUUGGUCAUCCAAUCGCCGAAAAAGAAGAAAUUACUGUAGAUCUUAGUGUGGGAAAAGUAGAAGAUUCGAAAGUAUUAUCAGUUAUUGCAACGCCUUCGAAUAUUCCUUUAGAAACAAUAGUAACAUCGGAGAUACAAGCGACUGAAUCUGAAGCACCAUUCUCCCGGGAUAAAUUGCCUAUGCAAGCGACAGCAGAUUUAGCUCUAGUAGAGGAAAAAAGUAUACAAAUAUCUACAGUUAUUACCGAAGAUAAAGAAAGUGAAUACAAGCCAGGAGAAAUUCCUGAAGUUAGAAAAGCAGGUAAAUCUUACGUGGAGGGUCAUACGGUAGCUGAAACGAUGAUGCAAAUUUUGGACUAUACCACGGCAGAAUUAACUAAAGAAAUAUUAUCUACAUCAACGGUGAAAUCGGAGCAUAUACCUUUGAUACCGCUAAUCGAAUCACAACCAAUUGUUCAAGAAAGUGAAGAUCAAUUCCUACCAAUAUUAAUGCCAGAAAAUAAAACUGCAAACAUAGGUUUGGAAUAUGAUAGAACAAGUGUCACGAUAUCUCAAAUGACGACCGUUGAAAAAGAAUCUAUUUAUGUACCCGAAGAACAACCAUCGAAGCAUUCAGCUCUUCCUGGAAUAGAUUCGAUUCAUGGAAUCGCAGAAACAACUACGAUAACUACUGAGGAUUCCGUUGGUGAAGUCGAUAUAAAGAAACCAGACGCAAAAACUGCAGUCGCUACACAAGAAGUGCAGCAAAGUUUAUUAAUAACUCAGGAUAUCCCUCAAGAUCAAGAAGCACCCUUCGAGGGAAAAUUCAAACCAACACCUCACGAAAUUCAUAUGUCUAUAGAAGAAGGUAAACGUGUUACAACUGUCACGGAAGUCAAUAUAUCGGACAAAGAAGAUACUCUUACCACUUUUCAAGAUAGAAGUCAAGAAGCCGUACCAGUUAUUACUACAGGACACGAGGUUGCUGAAAAGACUGAAAUUGUAACUGAUUUGAGCACAGGUAAAUUGGACAUAGUUAAGCCGUCGUCGGCUACCGCUCAAAUUGGACAAAAGCCUUACGAAACGAUUCAAUUGACCGAAGAGAUUUUAGGUGAGAAAGAAAUAGACACGGUAGAGAAAGUGCCAUUAACAUCGACUAAGGCACGCGUUGCUCUAGAUGAUAAUAGAUUUAUAGCGAUCACAGAAGCUACUAUUACACAGGAUGUGGAAUCAGAACUUCUUCUAGAGAAGAAGCCUUCGGAGAAAACGGCAGUACCUACGUUAGAUGCUAAAGAAGUUGCGGAACAUCUUGAAGUCAAUUUACGCGAAGGUCUUGGUACAUUACCCGAAGCAAUUAAACCAGCUAUAUCGGAAGCACAUCCUACCCAAUCUAUUUUAGAAUCUAUAAAUAUUAACGAAACGAUUCCCCAAGAACAAAGCGCUGUACUUUCGGAUAAAUUAGAAUUUGAUAAACGCAGCGCGGAAAUUGGUUUCGUCGAAGAAAAAAGUAUAAUAAUUGACACUGUGCUAACACAAGAUAAGGAAGAUAUCAUGACAAUACCAGAAUAUACGCAUAGUACUGCACAAAUAAAAUUAACGAAAAUUGGAAUGGAUGUUGCUGAAACAUCGGAAUUGUUAAUAGAACAAAGUACUGGUUCUGUAAAACCAUUUGAGAAAACUGAAAUGAAAGCCCACACAAAACAAGAUGCAUUAGAGCCACUAAUCAUUGAAGAUAUUCCUAGUGCGGAAAGUGAAGGUAUCUUCGAUAAAUAUCCUAAAACAAUUUCUAGUAUUGCCGAUACCGUAUUUGAAGAGGGCCACAGUAUUUCGAUUACCGAGGUUACUUCGGCUGAGCUAGAAACAUCUUUAGAAACAAAAGAACUUGCUUCUUCGCAAACAGCUUCUUCCACAAUCAUUACAGAACAUGGUACGAUUGAAACAACGCUCGUAGAAUCGCAAGUUAAUAUCCCUGAAAAAGACACUGAUCGUGGUGUGACACCGCAAAAAGCAACAGCACAUCGUGAUACAUUUGAAAGUAUCAUCGUAGAACAGAAUUUGGUCGAAGAAAGUGAGAAAACUUUUGAGGGUAUUUUUAAACCAUCGAUGCAAAAGGCAGACAUUGAUUUUCAACAGAACAAACCUUUGGAGAUUUCUGAAAUUAUUACCGAAGAUAAGGAAGAUGUGUUCAAUGUCAUUCCUAAGCGACAAGAAGUGAAAGCUACAACUGAAAUUGGACUGUUUGAGACGGUACAAAAAUCUUUGAUAGAGGGUAUGCAAAGUGUAGAAGAGAUUCCCAAAGAACAAACGAUUUCCUCUCAAGCAACUUUAUCACAAAUUCCUAUCGAGGCUGUUAUUGAAACGGAAACAACAUUAGGUGAACGAGAGGAUACAUUCGAAGGGAAAGAUUUUAAACCGACUGAACAAAAAGGAAAACCUCAUUUGGAAGGUUUAAGUACGGUUACAGUUACGGAAAUUAUUUCAAAUGAGACCGAAGAGAUCUUGCCUGUACCAACCGUUCCAAAAGAACAACAAGCACUCGCGAACUUGCUGAGUAAAGAGGCUAUUGAAACCUUACAAGUUUUAACUGUAGGAAGUGCUGAAGACAUAACAGAACAUAUUAAAUUCGAAGAAAAACAAACAAAAGUAGAAGUUGAAGAAUUGUCAAGCGUAUCGGUUUCUGAGAUAAUCUUAAAUGAAACGGAAGAUGCAUUAUUACAGAAAGAAGUUCCAAAGGACCAAACGGCUCACUUAAAUAUUUCAGGUAGAGAAGCAGCCGAAACAACCGAAGUAAUGAUUAGCACCGAAACGCAAGAUCUAAGUACACAAGUACCGAAAGAAGAAAAAGGUAAAGCGGGCUUGGAGGAAUUAACGCCUUUAACUGUAUCACAAAUAGUUUUGAACGAAGCUGAAAAAACUUUGCCUACUGCAGAAAUGCCAUUGGAAAAAGUCGCUCAACCUAGUUUGCUUGGUAGAGAUAUCGCUCAAAUUAGUCAAAUAUUUACUAUGGCAAGCACCGAGGAAUUAAUAUCAUCCCAAGAGCCCGAAAAGCACAAAGGUAAACCAGGCUUAGAAGAGUUAUCUUCAUUAACAAUAUCCCAAAUAAUAUCUCAGGAAAUAGAAGAAACGAUGCCUAGUCCAGAAGUUCCUACUGAGAGAGAGGCGCAAACAAAUAUCUUUGGCCGAGAUGUAGCCCAAACGACGCAAGUGAUGACUGUGUUCAGUGCAGAACAAUUGGUUGAAUCCAAAAUACCCGAUGAACAAAAAGGUAGUCCAAGUUUUGAAGAAUUGUCACCUCUAACUAUCUCGCAAAUAUUGUCUAACGAAAUGGAAGACACAUUGGCGGUAAUAGAAAAGCCUGCGGAGAAAACAGCACAACCAAGUUUAUUUGGCAGAGAUGUAGCAGAGACAAGUCAGGUAUUAACUAUGACAAGUGCAGAAGAACUUUCUAAAUUAAUUAAACCGGAAGAACAAAAAGGGAAGCCUCAGUUAGAGGAAUUGUCCUCUCUAUUAGUUUCCCAAGUAGUUUCUCAUGAAACGGAAGAUGUCUUACCAAGUCCAGAAGUACCAAACAAAUUUAUGGCAACAUCUUUACUCUCCGGCAGAGAAGUUGCCGAAACCAGUCAAGUUCUAUCCGUGAGUAAUGUCGAAGAAAUGGGAAAACCUGAAAUGCCAAAAGAGCAAAAAGGUAAACCUCAUUUCGAAGAAUUAACGUCAGUAUCCGUGUGUCAAAUAGUGUCAAAUGAAUCAGAGGAAACUUUAAUAAGUCCAGAAAAACCUGAUGAAAAGAUAGCAAAAACGAAGUUACUUACUAGAGAAGUAGCCGAAAAAACUGAAAUCUUGACGGUCUCCAAUGUAGAAGAAAUGCCGAAACUGGAGAAACCUGAAAGCCAGAGAAGAAAACCAGAAGUAGAUGAAUUAAGUUCGCUCGUAGUCUCUGAAGUUAUUUUCAGUGAAGCAGAAAAAACUUUGCCAAGUCCAGAUCUACCCACGGAACGUAAGGCAUUUCCAAAUAUGUUAAGUAUCGAGGCCGCAGAAAUAUCUGAAGUAUUGACAGUAACAAAUGUGGAUCAAUUGGAAAAGCCAAAACUACCAGAAGAACAAAAAGGUAAACCGCAAUUAGAAGAAUUAAGUUCACUAUCAAUUUCAGAAGUUGCAACCAGUGAAAUAGAGAAAGAAGAAGAAUUAAGUGUACCAGAGGAAGUAAAGGAGAAACCUGUUGCUAAAAAGAAGAAAAAGAAAAUUCCUAAGAAAGAUGAAAUAGAAGAGUGGGUAGAACCAGAAUAUGAAAGACCUGUGUUAGAACCCAUGCCAGAAAAGAUACAAUGGGAACCAACGAAGAAGAAGAAAGAGAAAAAACCGCUACCUCCAGAGCUUCAGAAAUUAGUACCACAAAAGAUAGAAAGAAAGGAAAUAAAACCAACAAAAUUAAAAUACAUGGAGCCACAAGAUGUCGUACAAUUCGGCUCAAUAAAGUUGAAGAAAGUAGCAGUGCCAAAGAAAAAGGAUAGUACAGUAGCAAAAAUUCCAAAAGUCUUAUUACGCAGUUGGAUCACAUUUAUUGGUGACUAUCCACCAGAAUUGCAAAAACCAAAGCUUACGCUUCUUGAAGAAAAUCCUGUUCAAGUUGGUAUUCUUUCAAGGAAUGCGGAAGAAGCACUUAAAGUAUUAAAGAAAAAGAUUAAAAAACCAAAAUUACCAGAAAAAGAAAUAACGGAAUUAGAAAAAUUGGAUAAGGAAUUUGAGAAAUUGAAGGAGAUUCCUUUAGAGGAAAUAGAAGAUAAGUCAGUAUAUGAACGUAAGCCUAAGAAAAAGACGGAGGAACCUGAGAAACCACAAAAAUUGGUUAUACAAAAAGGUAAGGUUCCUGCACAGGAAGAACCACAACCUGAAGAGAUUAAAUUAAAGAAAAUACCUGUUAAAGAAAUAGAAGAAAUCGAAGAGACUCCAAAGAAACCAGUAAAAGAAGCUACAGAGACAAAAGAACCUAAAGAAAAGAAACGAAAACCCAAAACAAAACUUGAGCAUGAAGAAUUUAAACCUACUGAAUUUGACAGGCCAGAGCUCGAAAAGUAUGUACCUGAUGAAGUUGAAAAACCAGAAGAGCCUCAACCAGAACCUACACCAAAGCCUUAUGUUAAAGAGGAACGAAAGAAACCUGAUCAAGAAAUCGAACAAAUCCCAUUAAUCCCGGGAAAACCGAAACCUUCAGAACCAGAAGAAGAACCGGAAGUAAAGUUCCGAAUACCACAAAAAGAAAAACCAGAAGAAGAACCGGAAACUAUAAAAUUAAAAGGUUGGAAGAAAGAAAAGCCAGAAGAUGAAGGCCCGGAAAAACUCCCGAGUAUAAAAGCCAAAGGUCUUCCUGAACAUCCAAAAGAUGAAAUAGAUGAAGAUAUAACAAUACGUAAAACGAAGUUGAAAAAACCUAAGAAAAAAGCUGUCCCGGAAAAAAUGGUUGAUGAAGAGACAAAACCGGAUUUAUCUCCAGUAGAAAAAGAACGGACUGUCGUUAUGGUAGAGAAAGUUCCUACUGAAGAAGAAAAACCCAAAGAAAUUGAACAAGUGGAAGAUACAACUACAGAAGAAAUUGUAGAAAAGGUAGUGGUAAGGAAGAAAAAGAAAAAGGUUGAUGAUUUAUCAGAAAAAGAGGAAAAAGUAAAUGGCAUCCCGUUAGCUUUAACUGAUGAUAUAGAAGACACUACACCAGAAACACACGAUAGACCAAAAUACACAAGACCGUUAAAACCUAAAACUGAUGAAAUCGUAUCAGGAGAUAUUGUAGAGAAGACAACAGAAGAGGAAAUUCAGGAAGAAAUUAUCGAAGAAACUCCUACUAAAAAAGUUGUUAAAAAGAAGAAAAAGCCACAGAAAGUAACCGAUGAAGUCACGGAGGAAAUCGUUGAAGAAUUAAUAAUAGAAAAACCAAAGAAAGAGAAAGUUCAACCUGUCACGGAUGUAACGGAAAGUGCUCAAAUUACAGAAAUUAAAAUAGAAGCUCCUGAAACGAAAGAAGAAACUCUUAUCAUAGAAGAAGAGGAAAUAAUAGAAUCUCCAACGCGUAAAAUUAUAAGAAAGAAAGUUAAACCAAAAUCAAAAGAAAAAGAAGAACAGGUUAUUGAAGAGAUUUUGGAAAAACCAUUAGAAAAGAUAUCGACCAUAGAAAAGAAAGGUAUUGUAGAAAUUGUAGAAACACCUUCGAAGAAAAUCAUUAGGAAGAAAACAACUGUUAUAAAAGACGAUGGUAUUCCAGAGGAAGUGAUAGAAGAGUUUGUUAUAGAAAAACCAAAGGAGGAAAAAGCUAAGCCCAUCGUAGAAGAAGAAAAGAAAGCUGUGGAACAAAUAGUUGAAGUUAUUGAAACUCCAACAAAGAAAGUAAUCAAAAAGCAAAAACCAGCAAAGAAAGAUGAGUCCAUCAUUGUUACCCAGGAAGUAAUAGAAAAAACAGCUGAUGAAGCCAAAAUUAUGGAGGAGCAACAGAUAAUAGAGAUCACUGAAACACCAUCGAAAAAAGUAAUAAAAAAGAAAAAGAGCAUGAUUACAGAAUCUGGAAUACCUGAAGAACGAAUUGAAGAAAUCGUUAUGCAAAAACCUAUCACUGCAAAAGCAUUGGAGGAAAUUGUGUCAAAGGAAGGUAUACAAAUAAUAGAAAUAAUAACAGGAUCUUAUAUAGAAGAGCUACCACAGCAAGAAACAAUUUCCCCAGAGGAAGCAACACAAACUGAGCUUAAGGAAGAAAAAGUCAAGGUAACCGAUAUUACUAUUAAAAGAGCACCAAAGAAAAAGAAGAAAGCAGAUGAUAUACAAGAACAAAUAGUAGAGGAACGGGUUGAAGAAAUAGUUUCGAAAAAACCAGAAAAGGAAAAAAUUUCUCCUAUCAUUACAACAGAAGACAGCAUACAAGUAACCGAAACAAUAUCAGAAGAUACGACGCAACAAAUUCCAGAAUUAAAAGUUAAGAAAGAUGUUGCAAAACCAGAAGAAAUUAUUGAAGAAAAAAUUAAAGUGGAUAAGAUCUUAGUAAUGAAGGUUCCAAAGGAAACGCAAGAAGAUGUAUUAGAAAUUAGUGAAGUUCCACUCCAAAUAGAAAAAUCAAAGGAAGAGCAAGUUUCUGUUAUUGAAGAAGGAGAAGCAAAAGAAAUUGCAAAGACUACAAAGGUUUCUAUUGAAACAGCACCCAAAAAAUCGAAAGUUAAAGAUGUCAAAGAACAACCGGAGAAAGCAAUAGAAGACAUUUCUUCUGAAAAAGUUGCAAAGAAAAAAGCUAAAAAAAUACUCCCUACUCCAUUAGAUGAAAAGAAAGCUGUGGAAAAAGAAGAGGAGAAACCGGAAGAAACAAUUCAAGAAAUAGAAUUGAAAAAAGCAAAACAAGAAAAAGCAACGCCUGAAGUUAUUCCUAUAGAAGGUAUUGAGAUAACAGAAAUAACGACAGAAAUAACUUCACAAGAAUUACCUGAAGAACAAACGCAAACAGGUCAAGCUCAUCCAAUAUUGAAGAAAGAGGAAAAAGUUAAAGUAACAAAAACACAUGUUCAGAAGUUUCCCAAGAAGCAGAAGGAAGAACAACAAGAGGAUACUGUAGAAGAACUUAAACUGGAUAAACGAAUCGAAGAAAAACCGAAGACAACAAUCAUAAUGCAAGAAAGUAUACAAACGACAGAAGUGUUUCCGGAUACAAGGACAAGUGAAAUACCAACAGAGGAGAAACCAAAGACAGAAAAAGGACUUCCGAUUGAAGAAAAACCAGAGGAAAAGCCUGAAGUAACAAAAGUUUCUGUAAAGGAGGCACCUAAAAAGAAAAUUUCAUUACCCGAGAAAGAAGAAAAACCGGAUGUUAUUCCUAUAAAAGAAGAUCUCCCUAAAUCAGUCGAUAAACAAGAUAUAACAGUCCAACCAGAAAAACCAAAAGAAAUAGAGAAAGAAGAAUUAAGUGUACCAGAGGAAGUAAAGGAGAAACCUGUUGCUAAAAAGAAGAAAAAGAAAAUUCCUAAGAAAGAUGAAAUAGAAGAGUGGGUAGAACCAGAAUAUGAAAGACCUGUGUUAGAACCGAUGCCAGAAAAGAUACAAUGGGAACCAACGAAGAAGAAGAAAGAGAAAAAACCGCUACCUCCAGAGCUUCAGAAAUUAGUACCACAAAAGAUAGAAAGAAAGGAAAUAAAACCAACAAAAUUAAAAUACAUGGAGCCACAAGAUGUCGUACAAUUCGGCUCAAUAAAGUUGAAGAAAGUAGCAGUGCCAAAGAAAAAGGAUAGUACAGUAGCAAAAAUUCCAAAAGUCUUAUUACGCAGUUGGAUCACAUUUAUUGGUGACUAUCCACCAGAAUUGCAAAAACCAAAGAUUACGCUUCUAGAGGAAAAUCCUGUUCAAGUUGGUAUUCUUUCAAGGAAUGCGGAAGAAGCAUUAAAGAUAUUAAAGAUAAAAUAUAAAAAACCUAAAUUACCAGAAAAAGAAAUAACGGAAUUAGAAAAAUUGGAUAAGGAAUUUGAGAAAUUGAAGGAGAUUCCUUUAGAGGAAAUAGAAGAUAAGUCAGUAUAUGAACGUAAGCCUAAGAAAAAGACGGAGGAACCUGAGAAACCACAAAAAUUGGUUAUACAAAAAGGUAAGGUUCCUGUACAGGAAGAACCACAACCUGAAGAGAUUAAAUUAAAGAAAAUACCCGUUAAAGAAAUAGAAGAAAUCGAAGAGACUCCAAAGAAACCAGUAAAAGAAGAUACAGAGACAAAAGAACCUAAAGAAAAGAAACGAAAGCCUAAAAUGAAACUUGAGCCCGAGGAAUUUAAACCUACUGAAUUUGACAGGCCAGAGCUCGAAAAGUAUGUACCUGAAGAAAUUGAAAAACCAGAAGAGCCUCAACCAGAACCUACACCAAAGCCUUAUGUUAAAGAGGAACGAAAGAAACCUGAUCAAGAAAUCGAACAAAUCCCAUUAAUUCCGGGAAAACCGAAACCUCCAGAGCCAGAAGAGGAACCGGAAGUAAAGUUCCGAAUACCACAAAAAGAAAAACCAGAAGAAGAACCAGAAACAAUAAAAUUAAAAGGUUGGAAGAAAGAAAAGCCAGAAGAUGAAGGUACAGAGGAAUUCCCCAGCAAAGAAAAGGAAAUUGCCCCUAAACUUCCUGAAGAAGAAACAGAAGAAAUUAUUGUAAAGCCUAAAGCCAAGCUAAAGAAACCUAAAAAGAAGCCCGUAGAAGAAGAAUUACAGGAAGAAGUAACAAUUAAAAAACCUAUUGUCGAAGAGGAAAAAGAAGAGAUAACAGAGGAAGUUACAUUGAAGAAAAAACCAAAAGAAAAGCCGGCUCUGGAAGAAAUGGCUGAAGAAAUAGUUUUGAAAAAACCUAAAGAAGAAGAAAAAACUCCAGAAUUAAUAUCUGAAGAGGUAGCAAUAAAGAAAAAACCAAAGAAGAAACCUGUAACUGAGGAAGCAGCGGAUGAGGUCAUAAUCAAGAAACCUGUUGUUGUGGAAGAGGAAAAGGAAGAAGUAGUAGAGGAAAUUAAGUUAAAGAAGAAACCAAAGAAAGAGCCUGUGCCUGAAGAAGUAACUGAAGAAGUUGUCUUGAAAAAACCAGAACCUAAAAAAGAAGAGAAAGCUCCUGAAGAGGUAACUGAAGAAGUAGCGAUAAAGAAAAAACCAAAGAAGAAACCAGUAACUGAAGAAGCAGCGGAUGAGGUCAUAAUCAAGAAACCUGUUGUUGUGGAAGAGGAAAAGGAAGAAAUAGUAGAGGAAAUUAAGUUAAAGAAGAAACCAAAGAAAGAACCUGUGCCUGAAGAAGUAACUGAGGAAGUUGUCUUGAAAAAACCAGAACCUAAAAAAGAAGAGAAAGCUCCUGAAGAGGUAACUGAAGAAGUGGCCAUAAAGAAAAAACCAAAGAAGAAACCAGUAACUGAGGAAGCAGCGGAUGAGGUCAUAAUCAAGAAACCUGUUGUUGUGGAAGAGGAAAAGGAAGAAGUAGUAGAGGAAAUUAAGUUAAAGAAGAAACCAAAGAAAGAGCCUGUGCCUGAAGAAGUAACUGAAGAAGUUGUCUUGAAAAAACCAGAACCUAAAAAAGAAGAGAAAGCUCCUGAAGAAGUAACUGAAGAAGUAGCGAUAAAGAAAAAACCAAAGAAGAAACCAGUAACUGAAGAAGCAGCGGAUGAGGUCAUAAUCAAGAAACCUGUUGUUGUGGAAGAGGAAAAGGAAGAAAUAGUAGAGGAAAUUAAGUUAAAGAAGAAACCAAAGAAAGAGCCUGUGCCUGAAGAAGUAACUGAAGAAGUUGUCUUGAAAAAACCAGAACCUAAAAAAGAAGAGAAAGCUCCUGAAGAGGUAACUGAAGAAGUGGCUAUAAAGAAAAAACCAAAGAAGAAACCUGUAACUGAAGAAGCAGCGGAUGAGGUCAUAAUCAAGAAACCUGUUGUUGUGGAAGAGGAAAAGGAAGAAAUAGUAGAGGAAAUUAAGUUAAAGAAGAAACCAAAGAAAGAGCCUGUGCCAGAAGAAGUAACUGAAGAAGUUGUCCUGAAAAAACCAGAACCUAAAAAAGAAGAAAAGGCUCCUGAAGAGGUAACUGAAGAAGUGGCCAUAAAGAAAAAACCAAAGAAGAAACCAGUAACUGAAGAAGCAGCGGAUGAGGUUACAAUCAAGAAGCCUGUUGUUGUGGAAGAGGAAAAGGAAGAAGUAGUAGAGGAAAUUACGUUAAAGAAAAAACCAAAGAAAGAGCCUGUGCCUGAAGAAGUAACGGAAGAAGUUGUCCUGAGAAAACCAGAACCUAAAAAAGAAGAAAAGGCUCCUGAAGAGGUAACUGAAGAAGUGGCCAUAAAGAAAAAACCAAAGAAGAAACCAGUAACUGAAGAAGCAGCGGAUGAGGUUACAAUCAAGAAGCCUGUUGUUGUGGAAGAGGAAAAGGAAGAAGUAGUAGAGGAAAUUACGUUAAAGAAGAAACCAAAGAAAGAGCCUGUGCCUGAAGAAGUAACGGAAGAAGUUGUCUUGAAAAAACCAGAACCUAAAAAAGAAGAAAAGGCUCCUGAAGAGGUAACUGAAGAAGUGGCUAUAAAGAAAAAACCGAAAAAGAAACCAGUAACUGAAGAAGCAGCGGAUGAGGUUACAAUCAAAAAGCCUGUUGUUGUGGAAGAGGAAAAGGAAGAAGUAAUAGAAGAAAUUACGUUAAAGAAGAAACCAAAGAAAGAGCCUGUGCCUGAAGAAGUAACUGAAGAAGUUGUCUUGAAAAAACCAGAACCUAAAAAAGAAGAAAAGAUUCCUGAAGAGGUAACUGAAGAAGUGGCUAUAAAGAAAAAACCAAAGAAGAAACCAGUAACUGAAGAAGCAGCGGAUGAGGUUACAAUCAAAAAGCCUGUUGUUGUGGAAGAGGAAAAGGAAGAAGUAAUAGAAGAAAUUACGUUAAAGAAGAAACCAAAGAAAGAGCCUGUGCCUGAAGAAGUAACUGAGGAAGUUGUCUUGAAAAAACCAGAACCUAAAAAAGAAGAAAAGGUUCCUGAAGAGGUAACUGAAGAAGUGGCUAUAAAGAAAAAACCAAAGAAGAAACCAGUAACUGAAGAAGCAGCGGAUGAGGUUACAAUCAAGAAGCCUGUUAUUGUAGAAAAGGAAAAAGAUGAUGAAACUGUAGAGGAGAUUACUUUGAAGAGAAAACCAAAGAAAAAGUCGUCUGUAAGCGAAGAUAUUGAAGAAACUGAGGUAAUUAUAAAGAAAGUUGAGAAACCAAGGGAAAAGGAUGAAGUACGUACUGAUAUAACGUUAAAGAAAAAGAAAGAAGUUAAACCUAAAGUAGAAGAAGUUGGAGCAGAUGAAUUAACGAUCCAACGAACGGAAGAAAUCGAAGUACCAGAGGAAGAAGAAUUGAUCGGAGAAUUCACGUUCAAACGUAAACCGCCGAAACAAGCACCUAAACCAAUUGAAGAAUUGUACGAAGAUGUUACAUUACGUAAAUUACGUCCAAAAAGGAAACCGAGAACCGACAUUAAAGAAGUUACUGAAAUAGAAAAUGUGACAUUCAGACCACGUCGAACGAAAACUAAAGAAGAUGUUGAGCAAGAGUUUAAAAUCUCAUUGAACACGUAUGAAGAAGAAGAUAUUUCGAUGUCCGGUAAAGUUCGCCUGAAACCGAAAAAACGUGAAAUGACAUAUUCAGAAGAAACUGGAGAAGAAACAAUACGACUUAUUCAAGAAGUUGAAGAUGACUCUGGUCCUAUCAUAGAAGAAAUCAUUGAUGAAUCUGAUGAAGAAGAUAGAGAACAAUAUAGUAUCGAAGAACUUGAAACCGACGAACUAAAACUUCCUUUGAGAAGGAAAGUAAAGAAACAACCUCGUCCAUAUUCUGUAGAAGAAUUCGAAGAAGCGGAUGUUAAAAUGAAAUUGAAACGUGAACGAAAAUAUUCUUAUGAGGAAACAGAUGAAAGCUUGGCUUUGAAAUUAAAAGCUAAAAGACGACCAUCUACUUACGAAGAAGAAGAAGCAACACUUAGCAUCACCAGAGAAGAAGAUAUUUUCGAAGAAGAAGUGGAAUAUGUUGUUCGUGAUGGCGAUACGAUGUACUCAAUUUGUUCAUACGUAGCUGAAACAGAUGAAGCAAUUAAUCUUGUUGAGGGUGAAAAAGUAUAUAUAAUCGAUCAUACAAAUCAAGACUGGUGGUUUGUAAAGAAAAACUUAACGGAAGAAAAAGGAUGGGUGCCAGCGCAAUAUCUGUUAGAUGAAGUACAUUAUACGUUAUAUUUACAACGUAAAUUACAUGAAAAGAUCGACAAAUUACCUGUAUUUGAAAAACCAGCACCGGGAGAGAAGGCAUCUGCCCCAAGAUUUAUUGAGAAAUUACAACCAAUUCAUACACCAGAUGGAUAUACAGUACAAUUCGAAUGUCAAGUAGAAGGUGUGCCAAGACCUCAAAUAACUUGGUUCCGUCAAACAGCCAUUAUUAAACCAUCACCAGACUUCCAAAUUUAUUAUGAUGAUGAUAAUGUAGCGACUUUGAUUAUCAGAGAAGUGUUCCCUGAAGAUGCAGGUACCUUUACUUGCGUUGCCAAGAAUACUGCAGGAUUUGCAUCUAGCACAACGGAAUUAGUAGUAGAAGCUCCUUUAUCUGACCAUGGAUCAGAUUUAACUGGACCAUCCAGAAAAAGUUUGUCAAGAGAAUCUUCUCUGGUUGACAUUCUCGAAGGAAUUCCACCAACUUUCUCUCGAAAACCUAAAGCAAAAUAUGUUGAUGAAGGUGAUGAUGUGAUACUUGAAAGUCGUCUGGUAGCCGUACCAGAACCUGAAAUCAUAUGGUAUUAUAAGGACACACAACUUACUACCAGGGAAAAUAUCAUCAUUACAAGCGAAAGUGAUAUGCACAUGUAUUGUAGUGUAGUUAAAAUUUCCAAAGUUCAGAAGAAACAGGAAGGAAAUUAUAAAAUUGUUGCUAAGAAUAGAGAGGGUGAAGCUACCAUCGAAAUACCUUUAAAAGUGAAAACUAGCAAUCAGGAACCACCAGAAAUAUUAGAACCAUUACAAUCGUAUGUUGUACGAGAAGGAGAAACUGUUAUGUUAUCUACUCAAAUUGUUGGUAAUCCAGCACCAAAAGUAGUAUGGUAUAAAAAUGGAAAGCCACUUAAAGAUCUAACACCACAACAAGAUGGUCAUAUAAACACAUUGACUAUAAUCCAACCACAAUUAGAAGAUACGGGAGAAUAUUCUGUUGUAGCUACUAAUAAUUUUGGCAAAGCUGAAACUCAAUCAACAUUGGUGGUUGAAAUGAUUCCACAUCUCAAGUCUUUCAUGCUUAUUAACAUUGAACAGCAAAAAGAAGAGUUCUCUAUCUUAUCUUCUAAGGAAAUACCAAGUGGUGCUCCUGAGCCACCAUUAUUCACUGAAAGAUUCCAAGAACUUACAGUACCUGAAAAGGGUACGUUCAAACUCGUUGCAAAAGUUACUGGAAAUCCUAUUCCAGAAAUAACUUGGUUAAGAAAUAAUGAGCCAUUAGAAAAAUCACCAAACAUAAUAAGAAGCUACGACGGAGAAAACAUUGUUCUUGAGAUUAGAAAUGCUGAUUCAGAGACAGAUGCUGGUGAUUAUAAAUGUGUUGCUAGUAAUUCGAUUGGAAAGGCUUCACAUGGAGCUAAAGUUACGGUGGACGUCGAUAAAGUCACAUUUACAAAGAAAUUAAAAGAAAAAGUCACUGUUAACGAAUAUAAAAUGUUGGAACUUAUAUGUGAAACCUCUCAUACAGUAUCCACUACGUGGUGGCAUAAUGAAAAAGAAAUCAGUGGUAUGGAUCAUCGUGAAAUUAUUCAGGAAGGGCGAGUACAUAAGUUAGUCAUCAAAAAGACAAAUGCAAUAGAUGAAGGUACAUACAAGUGUACUGUCAAAAAUCAGACAACGUCUAGCACUGUUACUGUGAAACCUGCUAAACCUGAAUUUACAAGGAAGUUACAAGACUUCGAGGUCAAGGAACGUGAAAUAGCAAUAUUAGAAGUUGAAAUAACAUCUGAGACUGUAGAUGUUGAAUGGUAUAAAGAUGGAGUACCACUGAAACCAAGUACCAAUGAAAAACUAGAAUUUGUAAAAGAAGGCACCAUAAGAAAAUUACUUAUCAGAAGUACAUCAGUGCAUGAUGAAGGAGAAUAUACAUGUACAUUGCUUAAUCAACAAUGUACAGCUGAAGUUACUGUUGUUGAAUUACCACCAGAAAUCAUUACUAAGAUGCAUGAUGUGACAAUAGCUAGAGGAGAGAAAGCAAUUUUCGACAUUGAGUUAACCAAAGGUGAUGCAUUAGUGCGUUGGUUUAAGGAUAAUCAGGAAUUACAGUUUUCUGAACAUGUGCAACUUUCUAUCGAUGGCAAGAGGCAAAAAUUGAAGAUUUACGAUUCAGAACCUGAAGAUGCAGGUGUCUACUCUUGUCAAGUUGGAGAACAAACAUCUUCAGCUAAAUUAACUGUUGAAGAACCUGGUGUAGAUUUUAUCGCCAAAUUACCAGAUGUUACAUUGGUACCAGUGAAUGAAGACGCUUCCUUCUUAAUCGAAAUAUCUCAAUCAAAUAUUCCAGUCACAUGGUUAAGAAAAGGAGAAAUCAUUAGAGAAUCAGAAAAAUAUAUUAUUAUUGAUGAGGGUAAUAUAAAGAAACUCAUUGUCAAGAAAUGUACAACAGAAGAUAUUGCAGAAUAUACAGCUGUUGUAACGAACGUAAAAACAUCAUCAAGAUUAAAAGUUGAAGUCAUAGAAACACCUCCGAAAAUUAAUCCGGAUACUCAGACAAAAUAUACAGUGAACAAAGAUGAUGACAUUGAAAUUAUCGUCAAAUUCACAGCGACACCAAUGCCAACGGAUGAAUGGACUGUUGAUGGUCGCAUUGUUACAAAAUCUAAGAGAAUCACUCCUUCGAUAGAUGAGGAAUCUGCUGUUUUAACUAUUACGAAAGUGCAGGAAGAAGAUAUUGGUGAUUACAACUUGAGACUCUUCAAUCCACAUGGUGAUGCUUCUAUAGUAAUAACUGUUGCAAUUGCACAACCACCUAGCAAGCCAGGUACACCAGAGCCUUUAGAAUUAACAAAUGAAAGCAUUACACUGCAUUGGAAAAAGCCAGAAUCAGAUGGAAACUUGCCAAUCACAGAAUACAUAUUAGAAUACCACGAAAAGGCUGAAACUUCAUGGACCAAAGUCACAGAAAAAAUCAUUGAAACAAGUCAUACGGUAACAAAAUUAACAACUAAUAAAGAAUACACUUUCCGUGUAACAGCUAUUAAUAAAGUAGGUCUUAGUGAACCAUCUUCAGAAAUACAAUAUAUAAAAAUUUCAAAGCCAUCAAGAUUAGAGCCACCGAUUAUAUUGGAGCCACUAAAAAGUAUAAAUGUAGGUUUAAAAGAAACUGUAACACUUUCUUGUAUCAUUGGAGGAUCACCAACACCAGAAAUCACAUGGUUCAAGAAUAAUCAACUAUUUGCUGAUACUAAUAUAACUUAUGAAAAUCGUGUAGCAAAAUAUAUAAUCUUGGAAACAACAGAGACAUCUUCAGCAACAUUCACUGUAAAAGCAGAAAAUGAAGCUGGCACAGCAGAAACCACAUGUCAAUUGAAAAUACAAGAGUCACCAAAAUUGAUCGUUGAUGAAACAUUGAUAAAUCAGAAAUUACCUGUAAGUUCUGAAUGGAAAAUUGAUGUUCAAACCAGUGGUUUCCCCACACCGGAUAUAACAUGGUCGAAGAAUAGUCAAAAGAUAAUCGAUAAGCGAGUAUCAACUCAUACUGUAGAGAAAAUUUCAACUAUUUCUAUCAGCUCUAUCAUGAGAGAAGAUACUGGUACUUACACAGCAGAAGCAAUUAAUGAAGCUGGUAGUUCUUCUAUAGAUAUUCAGCUCAAGGUUAUAGAUAAACCAGAUAAACCUCAAGGACCAAUAAUAACAAAAGAGAUCCGGCAAGAUCGUAUUACAAUUGAAUGGAAAGCACCAAUUGAUGAUGGUGGUCUUGAAAUAGAAAAAUAUACUAUUGAGAAAUGUGAAACAGCUAAGAUGAAUUGGAUAAAAGUAGCUGAUGUUGAUAAAAACAUAGAAAGUUUCUGUGUACAAAAAUUACAAUUAGAAGUAGAAUAUAUGUUCAGAGUAAUUGCAAAGAAUAUUGUAGGCGCAUCGGAACCCUUGGAAUCUGAGCCAGUAAAGACAAGAAUGUCUUAUGGUCCACCUGGACCACCGAGAGGGCCUUUAGAGACUUCUGGCAUGACCAAAACAUCUUUCACAAUAAAAUGGCAAGUUCCAGAAAAUGAUGGUGGCUCGCCAAUUACAGAUUAUAUCAUUGAAAUAACAGAGUCAACAAAGAAAGCAUGGCAGAAGGUGGGCAACACAAAGGCUGAUGUAACAAACAUAAAUGUAUCAAAUCUAAAAACCGAUAUGUCAUACGAUUUUAGAAUAACAGCAAAAAAUAAAAUUGGAAUGGGUGAACCAUAUAUUUCAGAGGAACCAAUUAUAGUUGGAAAGCGAGCAAAAAUAACAAAGCUUACAGAUAGCAGCUUAUAUGCUUUACUAGGCAUAUUUCCACCAUCAAAAAUUGUUAUUAGUAAAACUCCACCAUCUAGUCCGCUCAAUGUUCGAGUAAUAAACUUUACAAGUAAGAGUGUAACACUUACAUGGUUUCCGCCAGCUAAUAAUGGAGGAACUGAACUUACAGGCUACAUUAUCGAAAAACGACCAUUAAUUGGUAAAGGUGCACGAUGGAUAAAGGUCGUUACUUUAGAUGCUACCACUCACCAAUAUUGCAUUGAAAAUUUGAAGGAAAGUGAAUUUUUAUUCAGAGUAUUUGCUGAAAAUUGUAUGGGUCUCAGUAUACCUACGAAUUCAGAGCCAGUUACUCUUAAGACUCAUGCUACUGUACCAUCAGCACCUACCGCCCCAUUAGAAAUCAGACAAAUAGCUGCAAAUACAGUGGUUAUAGAAUGGGGUAGACCAGAAUCUGACGGUGGUGCACCUUUAGAAGGGUAUAGAAUUGUUAUGAGGGAUGCUAAAAAGACUAUGUGGAUUGAGGUAGGACGAGUCAAGGCUGAUAUACAAAAGAUAAAUAUAAAAGACCUUCAAGAAAAUCAUGAGUAUCUUGUGAGAAUCUAUGCUAGAAACGAGGUUGGUCUAAGUGAACCAUUGGAAUCAGAUGAACCUUUCAAGAUACUACCAACUUCAGAAUUAUCAGUGGUGGAGCCUAUUGCAGAAGCCACAGACAAAGGUGAAACUGCGUCUGUGAGUUUUAGCACGGAAAAUACAAGUUCCUGGCUCCGAGAGCAUAACAUGGAUGCUGAUAUUCAUUCUUACGCGAGAGGAAGACUUCUUAGAAGAGAUGAAUACUUUUUCCGCAUUUGGCAUUAUGCUAAGAAACUAUUCGAAUAAGCAUUUCUACAAUUUCUAAACGGUUAUCCUAUUAUUUCUACGAAGAUUUAUCGCUUGUCAAGAAUGCAUCUGAUGCUUAUUUUCUCAUCAAAUGCAACAAAAAAAAAAAAAAAAAAAAAAAAAAAAAAAAACUAAUAUGUCAAGGUUAGAAAAGAGAGGGGAUAUAUAUCUUUUUGGUCAUAGAAAUGAAUGAAAAGAAAGAGAUAAAAACGAAGGAGAAUCUAUGGGCUUUCUUAAGCUAACCAACAAUGUCACUUAUAGAUCUUCCAUAAAAGCAUGAUAGGUUAACUUUCUUUUCUUUGUUGUUUUGUGAAUUAAAACAGGAGACUGGACGAAUGUAGAAACUAGUCAGAAUAUAGAGAUUAUAUCGUUAUUUUCUAACGAAGUAAGAUUUUUCGAAAGAAAUGCAAUUAUCAGAAUUUUGUAAAUAAUCUUUUUCCGAAAGAUAGAUUCGGUUGAACGAGAAAAAAUCACAUUCACAAAUCUGGCAAGAAAGGAGAAAACGUUUAUCAAAAUGAGAAAAAAAGAAAAAGAACGAACUGCUCCCUACGAAAUAAUAUUUUAAAAGGAGAAUGACAACGUGAUUAGACGAUAACUCGGAUUUCUUAUAGAAAGAUGUGAUACAUAUGAUACGAUAGUCGAACGGUUGAAUAUCGAACUAUCCUUUUUCCCUUUUCCCUUACCUUUCCUACUCAGUCCUCCCUCUAUAUCUCCGCCCAAGAAUGUUGCAAGCGGUAGGCAAUAUUCAGUCACUUAUUUAAAGUUUUUGGGAGGAUUACUUUAAGUAUUUAUUAUUAAUCUAUAAUCUAUAUUUAUAAUAUUAUUUGUUAUCAUUGCCGAUAGGUUUAUUAAAUAAUUAUUGAUUAUCGUCGAUUAUCGAAUCGACAUUUUGAAGGACUGAUCGUAACAGUCGAAUUAAACGAGACAAAUGUCAUGCCUCGUUGGUAUCAUCGUGAGACGUAAUAAAUAUAGGUGCAAAACAAUAUCACUGAUAUACCAGCGACGUGUCGCAUUGCUCGUAAUUACAUUGUAAAAUAUUUUACGAAUUAAAUUAUGACAAAUUAUAAAUAUA